CUUGCCAGUUCUCUUCUCAGACUAGUCAGGAGCAACAGAGAGACAAAAGGAUGGAGCUCCUCUGGGUUGCCACAGCCACUGUUUGCUUUCUGUCCAUUUUCCAUACGGCAGAAUCUUCCACUGCUUAUUAUGACAAGAUUUUAACCCACAGUCGGAUCAGGGCACGUGAUCAAGGGUAAGUCUGCAUUUCGUCCUCCUAAAAUUCAUCACUGGGGUCGCAAAGUUAUUGUGCAGCCAAAAGUGGAGGGGUCCAAAAAGGGGAUAACAUUUGGCAAAGUAAUAUUUGUAAGAAAUAUAUAUACAUACACACCGGAAGGUUGAAGGUUGCUAACCGAAUAAAUUAGCUAGCUGUUGGACAGAAAAAGAAAUCAUCAAGUUUAUGUACAGUAUAAAACAUGUACAUAAAACAGGACAUUUCAGGAGGGUUAAACUGUGCCCAGAGCUCAUCAGAGCUCAGUUUAGACAUCUGUUUUCCAACUCUGGAAUAGAUUAUGCCUCUGCCUCACAAGCAGAUUCAGAGCACAUUUCCCUUAAUAAUCAAGAACCCACAUUCAUCAAGGAUUGCAGAAAAAGACUGUCAGGUCAGAGGGCACAAAAAAUGUGAGCCCUGGCACCUCUUUUUGAGACUUGAAGAACUCCAUUUCAGAUUUACUCAACCUGUCACCCUUUUAGGUGUAGCCCAGACUAGAUAACUGUUACCAAUUAAUUGCAAUAGUAUGAUAUGGGAGGGUUUUAAUUUUUUUUUCAAACAAGCAGUUUCUUGAUUCACCUUUAACCUCUGAAUGUGAUAAACAUUAUUGAAUGUUUAUGAGAUAUUCUGCCUAAUUAAAAUGGUAUGUUAAAAGUUCAUUAUGGACAAACAGCAGUUGCUUAUAUAGAUGGAAAUGUUAAGGAUGGAAAUGCUCGUAAUACUUUAAAAAAAUUAAAUGAAACCUAAUCUAAAACAAAGCACUGCCGUUCUAUAGUUAGCUUUCACAUGAACUUUGAAGGUGGAAGUUUCGCACAGCAGAAUGCACAAGCAAACCCCAUUGGAAUGAAUGGUGCCUGAUCUUGCACAGCUAUUCUUCAUUUCACUGGAGCUUCUGAAGACAUUUCCUUUUUCAUAUCAAAAGGAUUCAUGAUUAAUAUUCAAAAGGGUGGGUUGUUUCACCCCCUUUUUCUCGUUUGGUGAAGGGAUUAUUUAUUUAGCUGCUCUUGUGCUAUUCCAAACAGUGGCAACCAAAAUAAACGAUUGUACGAUGGAAGAUGAGAGCUUCCCUUGAGUCGGCAGAGGGAAAAAAAUGUUUGCCUUACUCCAUUAUCGCCCCCUGCCCCACAACUGCAAAUUAAGCUUUGCAGCUGUGCAGAAGAUGACACCAAACAGGAGGGAAGUGUGAUGAACUUGCCAGUGAAAGAGAACAACAGUUCUAUCAUAUUACCUUCCUCUCUCUUGGGAACUGAUAAGAUUUGGCUGUAAAAAACCCCAACAACAUUAAAUUUCCUGAAUUGAAAUCCAGAGGUGGCUGUUUGAAAUAUCAUUUGGUGUAAGGCACAGCAUGUUCUAGAUCGCUGGUCUUCGAACUGGUGGGUUGGGAUCUCCUAGUGGCCUGAUCCAAGUUGAAGAACACUACUGCCAUGUUGAAAGAUUCAGAAACGAGUCCCCAAUUGCGUGUUUUGGUUAAAAUUGGGUCCUCGGUCUGAGAAGGUGGGAGAUACCUGGUCUAGAUGCACCCUCACCAUAAAAUUCCUACUGUGCCUACUUGUGGAUGGGAAAUCCUAUUGUCCAUCUCUAGCCUUGGCCAUUCAAGUGCGGGGGGGGGGGGGGAGAGAAUAGAAAUAAAGUAGGGAAACCAUUGGAAAGCAGAAUGAAUUCCAAACAAGGUAGAGACUAAAAUUUCUGCUCAGAGACAAGUGUAAUGUGAACAGACUACCAAGCCAGUGGACAUUUGCAAGUGAAGCUGUCAGACGUGGUUUGAUUCGAACUCUGAGUCUCCUGAUCAUUUUUCAUGUUGCAAGCCUUGUCUGUGCAAGUAAACUUUUACACACUUUGGGAAGGAUUUAUCAAAAGAGUCCCCUGAAAUUGACUUGGGGGGGGCAGGUGGUAGAAACUCCAGAGAACAGCGUGCCGUGGAAAUAGAGGAGAGAUCGUUCCAUCUGGCAAACUGCACUGUUUGUGCUGGCCGGACGUUCACCACAGCCCAGCGUUGAAUUCCACCCAAUAUUUCACUUGCAUGAACUCUCAUGAACUUUAAUAAGCUACCAUAUCAGAAAGAGACUCCAGCCAAUUUUUGCUUUUCAAGAUGAACGCAUUAGGCACCAUUAGGACAUAUUUCCUGAGAUAAUUUCAUUAAAGUUUGUGUGUGUGUGACAAAACAAACAGGUAAACAGGGAAAGGUACAUCUAUUGUCUCCACUUUCAAUUCACCGUCUUUUUCACUGUUCGUUUACAUAUAGUGAAAGACAAUUUUUGUCAUGGACAUCUUGCAGUUGGGGGGAAAGAGACAGGGGAGAGAGGCAGGAGAGAGAUGGGGGUAUUGUCCUAUCGUUCUAUUGCCUAUUAUUAGUGUACGGAUUUCUGGCAGCGUCAUGUGGUUAGGUCCAUUGUUUAUGUAUUUAUUUAUUUUUAUUGAUAAUGUGAGAGAUUAGUGUGUCCUAAGCUUGGUUGGUUGUGUUCAGUGUGGUUUGUUUGUUUGUUUGUUUGUUUGUAUGUGAGGGGGUUGUUACGUUGCUGGGUCAGUUAGCCAUAUUGAUUUGUAUGCUGUUGUGGGGAAAUAGGUCAUUGUCAUGUUGUCCAUGUGAUAAAGGAAAACCAUAUUGUGGCAAAGGUAGGGUUGCCAUAUUUCAAACAGAAAAAAUGAAGUUUUUGAGCUAUUUUUAAGGGGAAAUCUCCAAAAACAACACUGCUGACAUGGGUUGCCAUGCGUCUGGAUUUCCCGAGACAUUUCUAGCAACUUCUGUCCAGACAUUGCUUUUGACUGCUGUAUUCCAGAUAUGUCUGGGAAAUGUAUGGCAACCCUAGGUGAAGGUGUCCUCCUUUGCUUGCCCCCGUUUGAAUUGGUUGGUCAACUUCUCUAGCAGUCACUUACUCGCAGCAACUAGAAAUAUUGUAAAUAGACACUGGAAGGAUCUGUCUGAGGUGAACAUAGACCACCAGUACCAAAACGUGUGGGGAACCAUUAGGACUUCUUAACGUUUUCUUCUUUCUCUCUCUCAGCCCAAAUGUCUGUGCUCUUCAACAAGUUGUGGGCACCAACAAGAAAUACUUCAGCACAUGCAGGAAUUGGUACCAGGGAGCCAUCUGUGGCAAGAAAGCGUAAGUCCCGUGCCUUUCAUGACUAUUAAACCUGGGUGACCAAACCUGUGACAUAAGCUUCUCAGGCAACGAGGACAUGUGGCAACACCGGGAGCAGGAGCAAGAAACUAUGUGCGCCUUGCUCUGGCCUAGAAUUCAGACUCUGGUACAGUUCCCUGGCUCGGUAGGCUGGAGGAAAAAUUAUAUGAAGGCAGGGAGGGUUCACAUAUGCAAUGCAGCGUGUGCUAGACUUAAUAAAGCACAGAAUUACUGGAGAUAAGUACACAAAUAUAUUUCAUUUGCCGUUUUUAUAGAGGUCACAGAAGCAAUCGCUGAAUGGGCCUCUUAAUGAUUAUUCUAGCAUAUUUCUUGCUGCUAUUUCACCAGCAAUAGCAUUCGCUCUUCAAUCCCAGGGGGAAAGACAGUGGAAGUGUGGCUAUGAUGCAAUGGAGCACUGUCUGUACUUGAGGAAAGGCAACUAGUGAUAGGUUUUUUAUUUGGCUGCCAAAUUUGCCGUGUGUGUGAGGGAGGGAAAUAUUGAACCAGAAAACCAUAGGCGUCUCUGUGAUGUGAACGUUGAAGAGGUGACGCAAGGGGAAAGUGUGCAAGAGAGUCCUAAAGUAUGCGAUCCAAACCCCUCUCCCGUACACAGGGUGGGGUUUGCAGUGAACACAAUAUCCCACUUUUCCUUCUCCAGGGCCUGCCUACUUGUAUGGGAGAACAGGAUGAGACUAGAAGGAAUUCCUAGCUUGCUUAGUCAGGACCAAACAGGGUCAAGCUUUAAGCCCUCUCAAACGCCCUUCUUCUUUCGAAAGGAGGAGAUUGAUGAAUGCUGCUUGGCUUCAGAGCCUUUCCCAUGUUCAAACAGGCUGAGAUGUGUUUGGUUUAGGGCUCAUGUUUGUGUGCUUACUAGGUGCCGCAAACUGAAUCAAACAGAAAAACAUAUUUUUCCUCCCCGCAAGGACGUUGGCAAAGACUGAGGUUCCAUCUAUCUCCUGGAACUCUUUCUUUCCCGCGCUUCUCAGAUAUGUGAGGCCUCAGUUUUCUAGAUGCAGUGAACCAUGAGGGAACAUAUGGCUUUGCAUAUUCAAAGGCAAUUGCUGGCUAGACAUGAAUCCCUUGAGCUUCCCAGAGGAAGUGUGCUAUGUGUUUAAAGGAACAUGAUAAUCGAAAAUACACUCAUAUAACGUUUUAGUGGCAGCCAUUACAGUUUGGCAAAAUUUAUGGCGCAUCUGUAUCAAAUUUGUGUUAACCUAAUUCUCUCCCCCCCCCCCUUAUUUUACUGGAUCUGUUGUAGAACACUGCAGGAGGUGAGGGGGUGGCUUACAUUUCUGCCUCUCUCUUUAAUUUUUUUAUGAAAGGAAAAUCAAAGCUGUAGGAGUUUGGCCACUCUCCUGUAGCUCCCAAGGCAAAUUUUGUUAAGACAUUGAAUUGGAAAAUGCAUACCAAUUGUCUCAUCAAUCAUGAAAACUGCCAUUUUCUUCUAUAAGUAUUUGGUACAUAAGGGACGCGGGUGGCGCUGUGGGUUAAACCACAGAGCCAAGGACUUGCCGAUCAGAAGGUUGGCAGUUCGAAUCCCCGUGAUGGGGUGAGCUCCCGUUGCUCGGUCCCUGCUCCUGCCAACCUAGCAGUUCAAAAGCACAUCAAAGUGCAAGUAGAUAAAUAGGUACUGCUCUGGCGGGAAGGUAAACGGCGUUUCUGUGCACUGCUCUGGUUCACCAGAAGCGGCUUAGUCAUGCUGGCCACAUGACCCGGAAGCUGUACGCUGGCUCCCUCAGCCAAUAAAGCGAGAUGAGCGCCGCAACCCCAGAGUCAGCCACGACUGGACCUAAUGGUCAGGGGUCCCUUUACCUUCACCUAUUUGGUACGUAAGUUUAGUAAGGAAGUUUAAAAUGCCUUUCUGUUGCAUCCAUGAGCCCUUUGAAAAGACCUAGAGCCCAAAGUGGCCUGUCUUAUUAGGUGAAUUAGAUACCUGCAUUUUGCUUCUGCUGUGGCUAAGGUGCUGCCAAGUUGACCAGGUUCAACAUACCUGGUCCAAAAGGGCCUUUGAAAUGUGUGCUGAAGUGUCCUGUCAGCCUAGGAAUUGGUAUUCUUGGCUGACUUGUUCUUUUCCUGUAUUGUGCAACUGACAGUUGUUUCCAGAGAUUGUUUCAGUUGUGUAUCUCCUGCUUUGAGUGCAAAGUCACCCAAGAGAUGUUAAGCUAUGGCUGGGCCACCAAUAGUAAACUAGUUUUACUGUGUCUCCUAAUAAGUGAUAAACCAGUAUUUCAUGCUCAAUCAAAUAUAUGUAGCCUAUUGCACAGACUUAUCUUCAUACAGAAAGGGUACAACUGUAGCUUGAACAUUUUCCUCUUGAAGUUGUUGAAUACGGCCAUUGCAACCAGAACUGCUUUAACCCUAUAUCCCACCUUUUCCUCUUGACAAGGACUCAAGGCGGUUAACAAAUAAAAAAAGAACACUUUAAAACAUAGGGAGGGGAUCAUAAAAAAGUAAAUUUAAUAUAAUUAAAACUACUAUGCAGAUAAUUACGGUAAAAAUUACAAUAAAAACAGCAUGGCACUAGCCCUUUCGUUAAGGGAAGUUUAGGGAUUCAGCAGCAAAAACGCCAGGUCAAAUCUCCAGCAAUUCUUUUGUAUAGUGUAUUUUAUUUCAUUGCAUAUUUUAUAAAAAAUAUUUUUUAUAAGGAACUUUGUGUCUUUUCUGGUAAAAAGCAGAAAUCAUAAUGAUGAAGCCAGUAUAACAAGUCAACAGCAGGGUAAAUAAAAUGUUGAUAUAUUGAUAUAUUGUGUUGAUAUAUUGUAGAACUGUCUUGUAUGAAUGCUGCCCUGGUUAUAUGAAGAUGGAAGGCGAACGAGGAUGCCCUGCAGGUAAUGUUGGAUGAACAUAAGAAGCUUAUAUUUUGCUUACUUUUUCUCCCAAAAGAAGGGGGCAGGUGGGGAUACGAGGUAGCUUGUGAGAGAUCAUUGUUAUGUUAUGAAGCAUUGCUUUAAGGAAGAGCCACACAUGAAAACUAGGCCUUGUUUUUUAAGGACACGAGAUGGAUCUGUUUGUGCAUAAUACGUAAAUGAGGAACUGAAGGAAUAUUGUGCAAAAUGAUCACUCACCUGCUCUCAGGGUGGGUGGCAGUUGCGACCUGUUGCCAUCGCCCCCCAGCUCCUUGGGACAAAACACUCUCUCAUGGUGUGAUUUAUGACUUAACCAGCAAUUAAAGUUCACUUGGGACAAUCUGUCAGGAUGCUGUCAGCAGCUCCCGGCUGGUUGCCCAGAAAAGUACAAAGACAAGGAAAAGUUUCUUACCGUUCUUUUUUAUUUCAAUCUUUACAGAGAGAGGCUAUAGAACCCAGCCUCUCGCAUAUUGGCGUUGUCCCAAGUGAAUCUCCACCCCUCAUAUCUCCCACUUCCUCAUUCGUCAUUCUACGGGUGCUGCUACAUGGCCUCUGUCUUUGAGCUCUUUGCUCUCCUACUUUUAAGGCUUGCCGGGUUCUGGGAGAUGGAGGGUCUGGAAUUUCUAAUGACAAUGUUUCAGCCAGGUGUUCCUCUGGACAGGGGCGGAGGAAGGAGGAUGGUGGGAACGGGCCGCCCUGGGUGUCACCACUGAGGGGGGUGACAAAAUGCCGGGCAGGACUCUCCUGGGAGAGACACGGUGGUUUGGGCGCGUGCAGGCUCCGUGCUGCCCAAAUGGUCUGCCUGCUGCCUCCCCCCCCCCACUGUAGGGUGGCUCAGUGGAAGGAGGCAGGCAAACUCCGAAGGCCCCUAUGGGUGGCUUGGACCGCUGGCGCGCCACCCCAAGCGCCAGAGCGGCUUCCUCUGCAGCUGCCUCUGGUUUUCCCAUGAUUUCCUAGCUUUCCCCCUCAUCUGCUUCUGAUCUGCGACUUCCCUCAACCCCCUGUUGUAAAUCUAUACUGCCUUCCUCUUCCUCCUCCCUGGAAGGGUCAGGAUGGGGAGGCAGUCUCCACCAUUCCUCCUCUGCCCAGUCCUUGACAUAAGCAAAACAACAACAACAAACCUAUGGUUACGUGAAACAUACUCAAUAAACACACAAGACGUAACCAGCUGUACUUUUGAAUAAAUAAGGUAUAAUAUUCAUAUAGUAUCUAUUCCACCUGUCUGUUCAUAGAGUCCAAUAAUCCACUUAUAAAUGUAUGGACCUUAUGCAAGAACUGACUAGAGAAUGAACUGAUCCACUGGGUCUUCUGCUUUUUCCGUUGAACUUUAUGAGACUUCAGUUGAAAUCUACAAUUUGACACAAUGAAUAUUAUACCUUAUUUAUUCAAAAGUACAGCCGGUUAUGUCUUGUGUGUUUAUACAGUCCCUGACAUAAGCUGGCUCCUCCCCAAGUAUGGUAACUACAUUUUUCAUACCCUUGAGUGGACCGUUUGUGUGUGGACCACCUAACUACGCUAUUUUCAGUAGUGUCCUUGUGGAAAGUGUGCAGGUUCCUAAGCAACCUGAAAUGGUGGGUUGCCUUCCUAUGAACAUCUGCUUUGUUACGUGGUUUGUGUACUGCUGCAUCCUAAGUCAAAUCAUGAGCUAAAUUGCGGGUCCUGAAGCAAGCAGUAUUUAAUUCAGCAAAUCCCAUGAAUGAUUUCCGCCAGAUGAAGUGGCACUAUCUGAGGUGAGGGGAGGAGGGCAAACCCGUUGUAAACAGAAUGUACAGUGUGCUUGUUUCUUGUCUUUUUCAGUUGCCCCCAUCGAUCAUGUCUAUGGUACUUUGGGCAUUGUGGGAGCGACCUCCACUCAACGCUACUCUGACAUGUCAAAACUGAGAGAAGAGAUUGAAGGACCUGGCUCAUAUACAAUGUUUGCACCAAGCAAUGAAGCCUGGGAUGCUUUGGAUCGUGUACGUAUUUCAGAAUGGAUUUUUAAAAAAUGUUUCAAGUGCUUUUGGAUUUUUGGAUAUAUAAAUCCAAGUUAUGCAAAUUAAUUAUUGGUGGGGGAAAUAGUAACACUCAGCUGCUGAACAUAAAUUUGAGAUAAACUACCCAAUUUAAGUGUACCAGAGUUUAGUGUUGCAGGUGUGUGGGGCAGAACAUUGGGUUCUUAUAGUAUCCUCCAUCCAGGAGAUGUUAUCUGCGCUGAAAACUUGGAUCAUGGAUGCUCAUAUGAACCCUUCACAUCUCCAACUCAAUAUGUACAGAGAAAUCAAUAUGUAUGAUUUCUAUAAUCCUUGCUACAAGGACAAACCAGGGAAGAUUACUAUAAUAUUUCAGGCAUAUGACUGUGGUGGGGCCCUGUAUGCAUUUAUUUUCCCCUGCCAAUGUAUGCAGAAGGCCUAUUUCGAUUUCAGAAUGAAGGGCAUAUCAGACUAGCCUGAAAGAACUGAAUGCCUUUAGUCUAAAGGAGGGGCCACAUCAACCUACAGUAUAAUCAACCCUCAGGGGACUAUGUGUGAAUGUGGGCAUGGCCAAUUUUUUAAAAAAAUCAAAGGACAUCUUUGUCUGGGUCUUGCAAGGCUGUGGGUCAAAACACCUUUUGGUAUCACCAGAUCACAGGAGGGGACAUAUAGGUGGGAGUGGUCAGUAAAAAAACAUUUCUUACUAUGUGUGUGUGUGUGUGUGACAAAUCUUGGGGUCACAAAAAAACAUUUUGGCAUUGCUCAGGAGUCCCAUAGAAGCAAUCAAAACAUUUAUUUUAAAAAAUCUAUUUUUGUAAAAUGACAAAUUUGGUUGGAGGACCUCUUAAAACGUAUUGGGGAAUUUCGCAGCCUGCAGGUUUUCUAGCCCUGAUUUAAAGGGUAGAAGAUAUUGCCAGGUUUACAAAUGUAUAGGGAGAACCUGGGGGGGGGGGGGAAUCCAGCAAAUCCUCAGAGGCAGUUUAUUUUAAUAUAGUAAUUUAAAAUGUACAGACGUUUUUGCAACAAACAGCCCUUUUAUAUGGACCACACAACAAUUGGUGUUAGAAAGCUCUAGGUCACCUCCCACUACUGCUCUGGGUGCUGCUGGGCAAUGAGAAAAGGAAACACUGAAAGGUGCUGCCCCUUGGCAUUAUUAAACCUAAGUCCUGUGCAAGGACUUCUUCUUAUGCAACAGCGACUUCCACUCCCCCCAUCUCCUCAGAUUGGCUCACGGGGGGCAGGUGUCAGGAACAGAGUGUGUAGGGAAGAAAUGGGAAAUUGUUCUGUCUGGAAGUCAAACUGCUUGCUCUGGUAGACCAGUUGCCUUAGCACAAUGUUGAAUACCACCUGUGUGGUCUUGGGCAUCUCAAAUUGCCCAGUGGCAGAGGAAGCAGCAGCAACACCACUUUGGCUCCCAGGCCAUCAAAGUAAUACAGUCGUACCUCGGAAGUCAAAUGGAAUCUGUUCCGGAAGUCCGUUCGACUUCCUAAACAUUCGAGAACCAAGGCAUGGCUUCCGAUUGGAUGCAGGAAGCUCCUGCAGCCAAUCAGAAGCCGUGGAAGCUGUGAAUGACGUUCGGGUUCCAAAGAACGUUCACAAACCAGAACACUCACUUCCAGGUUUGCGGCAUUCGGGAGCCAAAACAUUCAACUCACAAGGCAUUUGAUUUCUGAGGUACAACUGUAAACGUAAGAACCUGACCAUAGGUUAAGAUCAGGAGAUCAAAGAUGAAGGCCCAGGAUAGGGCUUGAUAAGAACUUUGGCUGGGUUGACAAAUGGCAAGGAGUGCUGAAAAUGGCCUUUUGAUCCCAGAAAGGCUCUGCAAAUUUAGUCGGGUUUGAGGCACAGAAUAUGCUGGCUGCACAAAUAAUGUGGAAAAAUGUUUGUGGAAUAGUGGGUAACAUGUAAGGAAAAGCAAAGGGGGAUGUGAAAGAAGACAAGAUGUCCAAGACUGCACGAAUAAAUGAAUGUUGUAAUUCAUGGAGCUACGGUACUUUCAAAUGAAAGAAACUUAGAAGCUUAGCAGCUGGAUGCUAAAUGAAGUACUGUAGCUUGCCAAAGGGAAUAUUAGCAUGAAAAAAACAUUAGCAUGGAUUAUUUCACUUGUAGCAGAGUAAUCUGGUGUAUAUCAGGCUGACUGGGAUGAUGGCCAUGGAAAGUCUAACUGAAUCUCUUCCCCUAGGAAAUCCACGAAGGCCUGAUUGAAAAUGUAAACAUCGAACUGUACAAUGCCCUCCAUAACCACAUGGUGAACAAGCGCAUGUUGACAAAGGACCUCAGGAAUGGCAUGGAUCUGGUGUCUAUGUACGACAACCAAAAACUGCAUAUAAAUCACUACCCCAAUGGUGUAAGUCUGUUUAAAUAUUAUUUUUCUUAUAUAGUACCAUGAACUUUAGCCCCUGGAAUAGAGGACAUUGUAAUGUUGCAUGUGAUAUUUAUGUUAUAAAUGUGGCUCUAAACUUGGAAAGAGCUGUAAACUUCAACUUUCUAGAUAGAAUUUCAUUUUUAUAGGUAUUUGGUGGGAUCCAGAGAUGCAGCACGAUUCUAUGCAUGUUAGUUGUUGUUUAGUCGUUUAGUCGUGUCUGACUCUUUGUGACUCCAUGGACCAGAGCACGCCAGGCACUCCUGUCUUCCACUGCCUCCCGCAGUUUGGUCAAAGUUGUCUUUGUCCAUGGAAUUUUCUUGGCAGGGAUACUGGAGUGGCUUGCCGGUUCCUGCUCCAGGCGGAUCACGUUUGGUCAAAACUCUCCACUAUGACCUGCCCAUCUUGGGUGGCCCUGCACGGCAUAGCUCAUAGCUUCUCUGAGUUAUUCAAGCCCCUUCGCCACAGCAAGGCAGUGAUCUAUGAAGGCAGUGAUCCAUGCAUGUUUACUCAGAAGUAAGUCCCAGUGAGGCAUACUCCCAGGGAAGUGGUAAAGGAUUGCAGCUUCAGUUAGUUGACCUAAGGUCCUGCUGCAAUCAAGUCAGACAUGGCUAUUUAUUUAUUCUUAUUAGUUAUAUGUCAUUUUUUAAUCAAUGAUUUCAAGGCACUUUACAAAAUCCAAAGAUGUACCAAACUAUCAGCAGGUUAAAAACAAUGGCUACUAACACAGUGUUAAAUUUCGCUCUGAAUGUUCACCUUAAAGAAUUUAAAAACAUUAUUGCUACCAGACAUAGGAAAUGAAAUGCAUCCAGUACAAGUUUCAUUGCAAUGUGUGUUCUAGCUAGAUUCUUUCCAGAAUGUUUUAUAGGAGACAUCUCAUCACACAUCCCAUAAAGGCGCUAGAAGCAUAAAGAAAUGUGUAACACUUUCUCGAUAAUCUUCUGGUUGCCAGCAAGUUCUGUGCUUAAUAUUCUCUGGCAUCAUUCUUCAAAUGCAGGUUGUUACGGUUAACUGCGCUAGAAUCAUCCAUGGUAACCAAAUUGCUACAAAUGGUGUUGUGCAUGUCAUCGACCGUGUGCUGACCCCUGUUGGAAAUACCAUUCAAGACGUCCUUGAUGUGGAAGAUGAUCUUUCAUCUCUCAGAGUAAGCUUUCCUUCGUAAUUAUGAACGUCCUUUAGCCUUUAGCCUUGAUAGUUGCUGCAUCCUUCCUUGGCUUUUUUCUGGUCCACGUAGGACCAGUCUGGAUAGUUGGACUUGGUGAAGAUUUGAUGUUUUCAUCCCCCAAAAGUUUUUGAUUUGAGUUUCUACUGAAAUGAGGCUGCAUUUUAAUGUUGUAUUUUAAUCUUGUUUUUAAGUUGUAUUUUAAUCAAUUGUUUUUAUACCUGGUGUUAGCCACCCUGAGCCUGGUAGGGGAGGGCGGAUGAUGAUGAUGAUGAUUAUUAUAUUAUUAUUAUUAUAUAUUAUUAUUAUUAUUAUUAUUAUUAUUAUUAUUAUAUUAUUAUUAUUAUUAUUAUUAUUAUUAUUAUUAUUAUCAUAAUCAUCAUCAUCAUCAUCCUGAUUUAAGGACACAUCUAACACAGUUAUCUUUUUGGUUUUAGCUUUUGUGUUGGACACCUGCCUGCUAUUUUUCCAUGUUAAAAACUUCUUUAUAAAGAAACCCUUCUUCCCCAGUCUCUUCCGGCUUCUCCCACUAUUUUCUGCUCUCAGUGUUCUGCCCUCCCAGCUCCCAUUCCAUGGCCACUGCUGUUCUGGACUGGCAUGAGCCACUACAAAUACUCCAAUGGGAGCUGUGCUAUGGCAGCCUUAAUUUUAUAUAUAUACACAUAAACACCAAAAAUAUAUAUGUAAAUAUAAUACAUGUAUUCGGCUUUCUAGCUAAUUGUUGAGUAGCCAAAUGAGCACAUGGGGUAGGGGGAGCUUCUUUGCAAUGCAGGCAUUUAAGUGUUCCUACUUUUGUGAGUAUACAUCUAGGAAAACAACUCUAUAAUGCUUACGUAUUAUAUUAUGAGUUGCCCAAUCCGGUGACUAUGAAAAAAUGCUGGUCUUAAGUGAUCAUGGGAAGAGUAUUACCAUCCUCAGCUCAUUUAAAAUAUUGCUUUUCUGUACCUAAAAUAUCAAGGUGCUUAAUAACGGCAUCUCUUUCUUUCCAAGACCGCUGCCAUGGCAUCAGAUGUGAUGGAAACUCUUGGGAAGCCUGGGCAAUACACGCUCUUUGCUCCUACCAACGAAGCUUUUGAGAAACUUCCACGUGGAGUCUUAAACAGGAUUAUGAACGACAAGGUGGCAGCUAAAGGUAUUUCUGUAAAGUUGAUAUUGUGGAAAAGGAAAAAGAGACGGUCCAUUUCACAGCUUUGGAAAGCAAUGGUUAAGAACAUGAUAUGUCUCCCACCAUGUUAGACCAUCUGCUGUAAAUAAGUAUGAAAAAAUUGUCCACGUGCAAUUAUUUUGAACCCAGCUCUGUUCCAGGAGGCAUGGCAACUGCCUCUAAUAAGUGAGAUAAGUUAGAGUUGCCAUAUGUUGUGUUUUUGCCCAAAAAGCUCAGCAACGUUUCGGUCUGGAUUUUCACUGUUUGAAAUAUGGCAACCCUAGAUAAGGAAUAGAUAGCUGUUGAGUCUGCCGUGUUUGUAGGGGAGCCUGCCCUCCCAUUCGCAGCAGCACAGACCAACACAUUCUUUGGAUUGUUCCUCUUCAAAACUCAGGGCUCAUUCCCGCUUUUGCUUGACCAGUAUUUUGGUCGUAUUGUGUACUGAUGAAUUCCCCAGGGUCUGAGAGCUUUUCUCGCUGUUCCGCAGCUGUGCCUUGCGAAAAUCCAAUUUUACCUGCUGAAAUGAACCUUAUCAGAUGUGCAAAAAAAUCCAAAGGGAGAUUUUGCUCAGCCAAUCUUCAAUUCAGCAGGCGAGAUCAGAUUUUUGCAAGGCACAGCUGCGGAAGAAAUGAGAAAAGCUCUCAGAACUGGGAGGGGGGGGAUUUUGCUGGCAUACAAUACAAUCAAAGUAGGGGUCAAGUGAAAGUGUGGAUGAACCCAUUGAGGACGAGGACCCCUCCAUAGGGGGGGAUUUCUGCUACUUAUCCUCCUUUCAUUACCUUUCUGCAAGUUGUUCCCAAACUAUCAGUGUCAUCAGUGUCGUGCAUUUGCAGCUUAUCACAUAAAUGUACAGUGGUACCUCGGGUUACAUACGCUUCAGGUUACAUAUGCUUCAGGUUACAGACUCCGCUAACCCAGAAAGAGUACCUUGGGUUAAGAACUUUGCUUCAGGAUGAGAACAGAAAUUGUGCUCCGGCGGCAGCAGGAGGCCCCAUUAGCUAAAGUGGUGCUUCAGGUUAAGAACAGUUUCAGCUGAAGAACGGACCUCCGGAACGAAUUAAGUACUUAACCUGAGGUACCACUGUAUUUCCAUUAGCCCAUUGCUGCGUAAGCCUGUAAGGAGUUUGAAGUAAGUUACUAGGUAAAUGAUGAUAGGAAGGGUGGUUUCUCCAUGUUUUCCCACAUCUUUUCUACCCAACAUUAUGGGUAUCUGAAAAACUGUACCUAGAGCACAUGUGGUCAGCUUCAACUUAUUUAGAAAGACAACCUUUCAUACCUGCCCUUUUUAGGAAAAUAAUAGCAGCAAUGAGACAUUAAUGUUCACAACAGAUCCAGCUCUUGAGUAUGCCUUAUGUACUAUUAUGCUUUGAGCAGAUGAAACUGAGAAAGCUGUAACAGCACCUUUCAGUGUAAUUGGUGCGACCGCUGAGGAUACAAAACCUCACCAACUAAGCUCUAGUAAAUGAAACUUCCUGCAUUUGAAAUGUGCUCAGAACUACUCAAAUGGUAUACUUUUGUAUCCCAUAAACAUUCUAUAAAAGAAAAGGGAAGUCCCAUUAGAAUCUUUACAGCUAAUGGUUACUGCAAGUUACAGCUUGCAUCUGUUCUUCUCAUUAAGAAAGGGCAGUUGAUACAUAGACAGUGUAGGAGUAAGAAUUUUCCCUGCUUCAUAUGUCAAAGGAAAAAGAAAGGGAGGAUCUCGAGGGAGUCGUGCUCAGCUUUAGCAACAGGAUAUCUGGAAGUGCUCACUAGAAACCAUCUCUCAAAUGCUAUCUUCCUCCUAUAAGCUUACGACAAUCUCAUUUGAUUGAAAAUAACAUUUCUGCUCCAAUUGUUUUAAUCAUGUCAUAACCUUCACCUUCCCCUGGCGUCUAACUAUGUAUGUGUAAUUUCUUUGUUUAUUUGGUGCAGUUGCAUGUUGCCCCAUAAGACAAAGUUCUCUGGGCAGCUUAUAAUAAUACAGUGGUACCUUGGUUCUCAAACUUAAUCCGUUCCGGAAGUCUGUUCCAAAACCAAAGUGUUCCAAAACCAAGGUGCGCUUUCCCAUAGAAAGUGAUGCAAAACGAAUUAAUCCGUUCCUGACUUUUAAAAACAACCCCUAAAACAGCAAUUUAACAUGAAUUUUACUAUCUAACGAGACCACUGAUCCAUAAAAUGAAAGCAAUAAUCAAUGUACUGUACUAUAAAAUAAAUAAGACAAUAUUGUAGAUGAUAAAAAUUAAAAUUAUUUUUUGUUUCUUACCUGCACUGAUGAUAGUCUUUGUUUGGAUGUGGGGUUUUUAGCCAUUUCCACAGUCACACAGUCAAUCAAUCUGAACUGGGUUCCACACAGUCACAAAAACAAUUUACUCGAAAAAGCCUCAAAAACAAAAAUGCAAAAUUAAUAGCAAAAACAAAAGCGCCAUACUUAAUCAGUUCCAGAAGUUCGUUUGACUUCCGAAAUGUUCAAAAACCAGGGCACAGCUUCUGAUUGAUGCAGGCGCCCCGGAAACAACAGCCAACAGCUGUAUCGAAUGUUCAGCUUCCAAAAACAGUUUGAAAACCGGAAAACACACUUCUGGGUUUUUGGAGUUUGAGAACCAAAGCAUUUGAGAACCAAGGCAUUUGAGAACCAAGGUACCACUGUAAUAAUAAUAAAACCUUGAAACUAAAAAAUAAGCGACUCAGGACCGCAAUACCUCAAGGACUGCCUCUCUCCAUAUGAACUAACCUAUACCUCCAUGAGAGGUCCCAAGGUGGCAACACAAGAGCAGGCCUUUUCUGCAGUGGCUCCCCAUUUGUGGAAUGCUCUCCCCAGGGAGGCUCUCCAGGCACCUUCAUUAUAUUCAUUUAGGUGCCUGGCGAAAACUUUCCUCUUCAACCAGGCCUUUGGUCGAUUGACAUCCGAUGCCCUUUUUAAAUGAGUUGUGGGAGGGAGAAUUAUCGGUUUGCUGCGGCUGUUGUUAUUUUUACUACAAAUUUUAUGUUGUGAAGCACCCUGAGAUCUGUGGAUGAAGGAUGUUAAUUCAUAUUUAAUAAAUAAUAAUACACCAUAGCAGCAUUGGGAUGCGGGUGGCGUAGUGGGUUAAACCACAGAGCCUAGGACGUGCCGAUCAGAAGGUUGGCGGUUCCAAUCCCCGUGACCGGAUGAGCUCCCAUUGUUCGGUCCCAGCUCCUGCCAACCUAGCAAUUCGAAAGCACAUCAAACUGCAAGUAGAUAAAUAGGUACUGCUCCGGCGGGAAGGUAAACAGCGUUUCCGUGCACUGCUCUGGUUCGCCAGAAGCGGCUUAGUCAUGCUGUCCACAUGACCCAGAAGCUGUACGCCGGCUCCCUCGGCCAAUAAAGCGAGAUGAGCACCACAACCCCAGAGUCAGCCACGACUGGACCUAAUGGUCAGGGGUCCCUUUACCUUUUUAUAGCAGCAUUAAAAUCCAAAACCAAAUAAAUGCAACAACAAAAAUAGCACAAUUGUCCCAAAAUUAUAAAUUCAGAAAUCCAGGUUACCUAAGUUGCUUUGAAGGCCUGGGUAAACAGAAAGGUUUGCCUGACCAAAAAUAGGGUGGCAGGCAAACUUUUCUGAGAAGACAAUUCUAUACCCAGGUUGCCACUACCAGAAAGGUUGUAUCGCUCAUUAUUACCGCAUUUUUCGCUCUAUAAGAUGCACCAGACCACAAGACGCACCUAGUUUUUGGAGGAGGAAAACAAGAAAAAAAUUCUGAAUCUCAGAAGCCAGAACAGCAAGAGGGAUUGCUGCGCAGUGAAAGCAGCAAUCCCUCUUGCUGUUCUGGCUUCUGGGAUAGCUGUGCAGCCUGCAUUCACUCCAUAAGACGCACACACAUUUCCCCUUACUUUUUACGAGGGAAAAAGUGAGUCUUAUAGAGCAAAAAAUACGGUACCUUCCUGACUUCACCUGGAGCAGGAUUUCUUAAGCUUCAAGAAGGUACAUUUGGAAGGAAGUGGUCUUUCAAGAAACCUGAUAUUUCAAGUAAGACAUCAGUUUAGAACUCUCUGAGGAGAAGGCAACCUCUCCCACGAGAAUUCUCUAGCAGAGCCGUUUCCAAAUCAAAUUGAGGGGUUUUUGACCAUGACCAAAGCACUGUCCCUGAUAAAAAAGGAAAUUUCUGGUAAGGAAGGGAAACUACAAAGUCAGAUGUUUAAGUUAGAGAAGUGCCUUGGCAGUUUACCUAGGCGUCAGGUCUAGUUGUUGGUCUGGCUGUCGAUUUUAUAACUCUCUCCAGUUGGUUUUUUAUCUCAGUGGGACCAUGCGCCUGUUAAAGAUUGGCAGGAAAAAGCUGGAAAUGCCUUUAGCCUUACCGCUUCUCUCGUAACACCUUUGCCGCAUGCCAGCUGAGAACCGUCUUACCGGGAGGGAAUUCCCAACUGGCCUGUUAGAUCAAUUACCCCACUUGGCACCGCAGAAAAUGCUGCAUAAACGGCAGGGAAGAGUGAAGCUUUCUUUUCCAUGUUAUCACAGUGCACCAGAAGCACACUGAUAUUUUAAAGAAAAAUGAGGGAGUAGCUUCACACAAAAAUAGGUAGAUGCGGUUGGGGGACAAAAUUGAUUCUAUGGUUACCGACUGACUGGCCACUAGCCUAUUUUGUCCAUCGAAAAGGAAUAAGUUGGGGAGCAAAAAGAGAAAUGUGACCACUUUUUGGUGUUUGCUUUUUUAGGGCAGCCUCUAUUGUGAGGCAGAGCUAGGUGUCAAUUUGUGUGCUUAUUACAUUUUUACAAUUGCAGGGGGAAUUUGAACUUCCUUCCUCAAGUACCAAAAUAUCUUAGAUCAUCGCUGUCUUUUAAGUGCACUGUAAAUAAAGGUUCAGGUCAAAUAUUGGUCUCCAAUUCACAUUUUAAAUAUAGGGAUCAUAUUAUUUGAUUAAGGGCUCGUGAGUUUCACAGUCAUGAUAGAUGUAAUAACCUAUUAUUAUAAUCCAGAGCUAUUAUUAUGUUAUGAUAGUGGCAACGGUUAGAAUAGUUUCAACAGCCUUGCUGAGAGACAACCAAGUUUAAAAUUCCCUACUAUAGGUCUCCCUGUCCAAAGAACCUCAUUAGACUGGCUCCCUCACAGUGUUCCAGAAACUGGACAAAGACUUGUUAGGCCACACAGGGGCUAGUGGGGUUCCUGCAUAUUGCUUUCUCCUGUGGCUUCUGCUUUUGAAUUCAGAUGCUGAGUUCAUCAUAGUAUGUUUGGGUUGUGACAGCUCAUUAGGAGAACUGCAUUGCUACUUGGGAAACCUGCGGUGUGAACGUGGUAGGACAUGGGUAGGCAAACUAAGGACCGGGGGCUGGAUCCGACCCAAUCGCCUUCUCCAUCCAGCCCGCAGACAGUUUGGGAAUCAGCGUGUUUUUACAUGAGUAGAAUGUGUCCUUUUAUUUAAAAUGCAUCUCUGGGUUACUUGUGGGGCCUGCCUGGUGUUUUUACAUGAGUAGAAUGUGUGCUUUAUUUAAAAUGCAUCUCUGGGUUAUUUGUGGGGCAUAGGAAUUUGUUCAUUUCCCCCCCCCCCCAAAUAUAGUCUGGCCCCCACAAAGUCUGAGGGACAGUGGACCGGCCCCCUGCUGAAAAAGUUUGCUGACCCUUGGUGUAGGGUUAUUGACCAAAUGCGAUUGGGUUUGCGAUUCGUGCAUAACAUAGUAGAAUCACAGAAUCAUAGAAUCAUAGAAUCAUAGAGUUGGAAGAGACCACAAGGGCCAUCGAGUCCAACCCCCUGCCAAGCAGGAAACACCAUCAGAGAACUCCUGACAUAUGGUUGUCAAGCCUCUGCUUAAAGACCUCCAAAGAAGGAGACUCCACCACACUCCUUGGCAGCAAAUUCCACUGUCGAACAGCUCUUACUGUCAGGAAGUUCUUCCUAAUGUUUAGGUGGAAUCUUCUUUCUUGUAGUUUGGAUCCAUUGCUCCGUGUCCGCUUCUCUGGAGCAGCAGAAAACAACCUUUCUCCCUCCUCUAUGUGACAUCCUUUUAUAUAUUUGAACAUGGCUAUCAUAUCACCCCUUAACCUCCUCUUCUCCAGGCUAAACAUGCCCAGCUCCCUUAGCCGUUCCUCAUAAGGCAUCGUUUCCAGGCCUUUGACCAUUUUGGUUGCCCUCCUCUGGACACGUUCCAGUUUGUCAGUGUCCUUCUUGAACUGUGGUGCCCAGAACUGGACACAGUACUCCAGGUGAGGUCUGACCAGAGCAGAAUACAGUGGCACUAUUACUUCCCUUGAUCUAGAUACUAUACUCCUAUUGAUGCAGCCCAGAAUUGCAUUGGCUUUUUUAGCGGCCGCGUCACACUGUUGGCUCAUGUCAAGUUUGUGGUCAAUCAAGACUCCUAGAUCUUUUUCACAUGUACUGCUCUCAAGCCAGGUGUCACCCAUCUUGUAUUUGUGCCUCUCAUUUUUUUUGCCCAAGUGCAAUACUUUACAUUUCUCCCUGUUAAAAUUCAUCUUGUUUGUUUUUGCCCAGUUCUCUAAUCUGUCAAGGUCAUUUUGAAGUGUGAUUCUGUCCUCUGGGGUGUUAGCCACCCCUCCCAGUUUGGUGUCAUCUGCAAAUUUGAUCAGGAUGCCCUUGAGUCCAUCAUAGAACUGUAGAGCUGGAAGAGACCCCAAGGGUCAUCUAGUCCAACCCCCUGCAAUGCAGGAAUGGCUAAGAGAUUGAUAUGUGAAACCGGCACCGUUCUGGCAGCUCAGUAUGAACUGUCUGAAAUAAGCAGCACUGGCAACUUUUGCCUCUCCCUCUGCCCCCCUCCCACAACAGCAAGUUACUGAUUCAUGUCACAUAUUGCCACCAGAGAGAUAAUGCACAAGUUUUUUUUUAAUGAAACAGUUUAAAUAUAUGUUCUAAAUAUCCCUAGCUAUAUGUGCUAUUUAAUGGUUUUGCUAUUUGUCUGCUCAUGAUUUUGAUUCUAAUGUAAUAAGUUGCAAGGCACAAAAUAAAAAUCACAAUGAAAUGUACAUUUGAAGGGCUAAGCCCUUGUCCAAAGGCAUAUAAGGUCUUGUUCAAGUGCAGUCCAUACUCACUUUUCUAGUUAGAGCAAGCACAUAGCAAAUGUUUCAACAUGGAUGCUACUAAAGGUGUGUGGGAAUCUCUCUUUCCCCCUAAAUAGUUAAGAAUGUUGUUAUGUUCCAAUCUCUAGUGGAAAUGAAUGUCAUUAUUUACAAAACGAAAGCAAAACUCAUUACAAUAACUGUUUAUAAUGGCAUUGUAUUUUCUAAAACGUACCAGUUUUAGAUGGCUGCAGCAUCGCCUCAGGUUUCAUUUGAGUCCUUUCUGUUCUUUCCCCUGUUUAGCUAUGAUGAAGUUCCACAUUCUGAAUACUCUCCAGUGUUCUGAAGCCAUCAUGAGUGGAGGUGUCUACGAGACCUUGGAAGGCAAUACUGUCGAAGUUGGCUGUGAUGGCGACAGCUUGACAAUCAAUGGCGUCAAAAUGGUGAAGCGAAAAGACAUUGUGACAAGCAAUGGUGUCAUUCAUCUAGUAGACCAAGUGCUUAUUCCUGACUCCGGUGAGUCUUCUUCUUCUUUGGCGAUCACUCGUAGCCGAGUAAGAAUGUCUUCCUUAAACACGGUUUUAACAGUGAGUCCAUAAGUGACUGUGGAGGCCAAUUCUGGAUCCUUCCACAGUAGGGACAUAGGUUUCCGGGCGGGAGUUGGUCACGGUGAGGGUUUGCCAAGCGUGCCUUCCUCUUAGCACAUUUCUCCCUUUCUUCAUGAGUUCAAGUGUCUUCAAAGCCCAUGACACCUUUGGUAGAGGCUGUUCUCCAAUUGGAGCGCUCACAGGCCGGUGUUUCCCAGUUGUCUGUGUUUAUACUACAUUUUUAAAGAUUUGACUUGAGAGUGACACACAGGUGACUUCCAAUCCUAUGCACUUUCUCUAGUACUAAUUGACCCCUGGAAUAGAUAGGCAGGUAGUCUCAACUAAUUGUCUCUUUUGAAGAAGUAACCCAUUUAUGAACUCUAUGGAUAUUCCUUGUGUAUCCUUUUAAAAAUAUUUGUCUGCUUGGCGAGAGUUUUGGAGCGAAACCUAAUGUCCACCCAUUUCUUCCUCAAUUUCAGCUAAGCAAGUUAUAGAGCUUGCUGGUCCUCAACAAACCACCUUCAAAGAUCUGGUGUCUCAGGUUGGCUUGGCCGCAGCUUUAAAGCCAGAGGAGGAAUAUACCUUGCUAGCUCCAGUGAAUGGGGCUUUCUCCGGUAGGUAGACCGACAGACUUGGUGGCACAAAAAAUAACUCUUAAGAGAUAUCUUAAAUAUCUUCUUCAACAACUUUGUGAAGAAGUCCAACACGAGAGAGUUGAAACUACUUACAAUCACUGAAACUGAAAUCCCCUUGAUAGAUUUAGGAUGCUCAGGCUCUACAAAUAAGUCUUGAUCAAUACAAGAAGAUAGCUCUGUGAGACCUGUUGCUGGAAGUCCAUGGGACCUCCAUGGCUAGGAGUGAGUGCCUGGUAGUUCCAGCUAUGGUUGCUUCACUGUCAUGGGACAUGGGUGGCACUGUGGUCUAAACCACUGAGCCUCUUGGGCUUGCCGAUCAGAAGGUCGGCGGUUCAAAUCCCCACGACAGGGUGAGCUCGUGUUGCUCUGUCCCAGCUCCUGCCAACCUAGCAGUUCGAAAGCACGGCAAUGCAAGUAGAUAAAUCGGUACUGCUGUGGCGGGAAGGUAAACGGCUCUGUGUGCUCUGGUUUCCAUCACGGUGUUCUGUUGCACCAGAAGUGGUUUAGUCAUGCUGGCCACAUGACCUGGAAGGUUGUCUGUGGACAAACGCCAGCUCCCUCGGCCUGAAAGCGAGAUGAAUGCUGCAACCCCAUAGUUGCAUUUGACUGGACUUCACCGUCCAGGGGUCCUUUACCUUUACCUUUCAUGGCUUCAGAGGGAGAGGCAUUCCUGAGGAGCCAGUCUUAUCAACUGCUGGUGGAAGCACAAAUGCUGGAGGAGGAGAGUCAUUGCUCUGUUCACUGAUGCACACACAUAUAUAUGCACAAAGACUGGCCUGACUGAGUUGUCAUUACUACAGCCUGUGAGGACAGUAACAUUUGACUCAAAUUCCUGGUAUGGAUGUGUCUGGACUUCCUUUAAAAAGAGUAAGAGCCAUAGAGAGAAUUUCCCCUCCCCCAAAUUCCCACUUAUGUCUAUGACUAAACCACAUCCACAUCCAAGCUUGGAGCUUGGAGAGGCUCCAGAUGGGUACAAAUAUGGGAUAAUGAGGCUCGUCUUGACCAAGAGAAAAGACUGCCACUGCAUCCCAACCUACUACUGCCAUCACUAUGACAGAGCCAUAGUUAAAGGACCUCCCUCCACACAUAGUCUUUCUCCGCACCUAUGCAUUUAUUUGACCACUCAAAUAGUUCUUCACGCAUCUGAAUUCAGUGGAGGACAGUGCAUCAUGCAAGCUACUGCAUGCUUUAAAAAGAGGCAAUUGUUGGUUUUUGGGUAAAUAACAGAUGUGAAAGAAUGAGGCCAAAGCUGAAUGGAGGUGGAUAACAUUUCCAUUAUAUCUGAGAUUAUAUGUAAAACUACAUGAACGAAACCUAAUUUAGGCAUUAUGUUCUAUCCAAACUGUUAGAUGACGUCUUAACUACAGACCAGAGGAUCCUCAGAUUGAUUCUGCAGAAUCACAUUUUGAAAGUGAAAAUUGGCCUGAAUGACCUCUACAAUGGACAGUUCUUGGAGACCUUGGGAGGAAAGAAGCUCAGAGUAUUUGUGUAUCGUACAGUAAGUGAAUUUUAAAACUUGGGAAACAUUUAUGACAGCAAAAGAUUGCAAUGUGUUGGAACUGCUGGAAAAGGGAUAGGGUUCUCCAACGUAAUCUUGAAAAUCUACACUAUUAUGUUACUUCACUGUGCCUUAUUAAAAACAUUUUUAAAAUUUCAGUAAUUCUUGGACCCCAAAGUUAAAUCUGGAAUCCUUGCUAAACCAUCUCCAACAAUUCUAUAGUUAAAUAUGUGACUGUGCUAGGAACCUGGCAGGUACCGGUUUUGAAAGGUAUUCUUUACACAGUACAGUCGUACCUUGGAAGCCAAACGGAAUCUGUUCUUGAAGUCCAUUCGACUUCCAAAACAUUCGAAAAACAAAGUGCGGCUUCUGAUAUGCUGCAGGAAGCUCCUGCAGCCAAUUGGCAGUCGUGGAAGCCCUGUUGGACGUUCAGCUUCCAAAAAUAGUUUGAAAACCAGAACACUCACUUCCGGGUUUCGAUCGUUCGGGAGCCAAUUAGUUCAGGAGCCAAGGCAUUCAAGAUCUAUACGACUGUAUCAUUUUCAAUAUUUACAGUUGGAGAGAUCCAGUGCCCUUUGAGAAUAAGAGUAAAUUAUGUUGCCCCGUUUUAACAGAAAUUGGAUUUUACCAUGGAAAUCCAGUAUCCAAAGUUGCCCAGUGAUUUUCCCUGCUCUGCUUGUGUUCUUAGUAUUCCUUUGAUUUAAAGUGGGGCAGGAGCAAGCUCUAAAGAGCCAGGAUCCGAAAUGUUUUUCUUCUGUAUCUGGAGGUAAAUCUUAUAAGGAAUGAGUCCAUUGUUUCAUCUCCCCAGUGUUUCUGGUUAGCAAUCUUGUCCAUGAGCUUUUGGCAGUGUGUGGCCUUUGGGAAAGAAGGAUUGUAUACGGUUUUACAGAGAGGUGUAGUGAAUUAUUCACAGUUGUACUUUUUAAUGAUGUCUAGCUGUGAGAUUGACAGCAGCUGGGAAAGUGCAUGAUUUAAAGCAAGAAUCUUGGGAACCAAUACCCACUUUUAACCCCAAAAUGCAUUUGGGGACACAUUUCUUAGUCUUUUUCCACAUAUUUGCAUUUGGGGACCCAUUUCUUAGUUUUUUACCAUAUAUUUGCAUAGUGGUAGUGCUAUGUGUGAGAGCCAGUGUGGUGUAGUGGUUAAGAGCGGUAGACUCGUAAUCUGGGGAACCGGGUUCGCGUCUCCACUCCUCCACAUGCAGCUGCUGGGUGACCUUGGGCCAGUCACACUUCUCUGAAGUCUCUCAGCCCCACUCACCUCAUAGAGUGUUUGUUGUGGGGGAGGAAGGGAAAGGAGAAUGUUAGCCGCUUUGAGACUCCUUCGGGUAGUGAUAAAGUGGCAUAUCAAAUCCAAACUCUUCUUCUUCUUCUCCUGUUGUGACCCACCUUGGACAGGCUGUGUCCUGCUAGUGGGUCCCAAUCCACCAGUUGAAGACCAGUGAUUUAACAAAUUAGAAGAAUAAGAUUGGAAGGCAGUUCCAUGUGUUGAGUACAUCAAUGGAAAAAAAUUGAUUUCAGAGAGCAAGGAUUGAUGCCAGCAAUCAAAUUGACUUGUUGGAAAGGUGACUAGUGAGCCCGAUGCUCCUGAGAAUCCGAGAACUGAGGCUUUAAACUUGGAAAUGGGUUGUGUAAUAAAUAUAGGGGUUGCUCGUGCGUAAGUUGCCGCCACUCCUGGCUAGGUUGCCUUGUUAAAACCUUUUCUGUUUGGACAGCCCUUCACUUCGUGGCUGUUUCAGUCGCUAGCAGAAUCCGUCAGUGGGCGUUUCUUAAACCUUUUCCAGCAUAAAAGCUGUUUGACGCCAAGUCUCCUCCUACUCUCCCUGCGCGGAAGUCUUCUGCGCAGGGAGGGUGUGGGUAGCGGAGGACCCGUGCUCUCCCCGCUGGUCUCCGGCGAGGAGUCCUGGAGCCCCGUCGCCGAUUCCCCCAUCUCCCUGGUGUUACGCUGAUUUCCUUCCCCAGCUGAUGAGCAGCCUCUCUCCCUGCUGGGCCCUUCUCCAGCAUCGCUUGGGAGCCUUGCCUCCGCCUCUAGCUCCGAUGUCAGUUCCCUGACAGGUUGCCAUUAGGGAUGGGGAAGAAACUUGAUUCACCUCACAUUUAUAGGCAAAUCUAUCUAACUAGCUGUUUUCCAAACAAUACAUGAGGCAAAGUAGAGUAAUCCUUAAAAAUUCAUACUUUUAUGAAUUUUGCAGUACAGUUCUCCAGCUGAGUAAUGUCAAAAACAUGUAUGCUAGGCUAACGUUGUAUAUACAAAAGUAUGCAUUAAGAGAAUUGCUUUGCAUAAAAAAUGUGUAUAUUUGGGGAAAUUGCAUACAAGAAUGUGUAUGUUAGGAGUUCUUGACACUGAAAUUCUGGUGUACAGUGGUACCUCAGGUUACAAACACUUCAGGUUACAGACUCUGCUAAUCCGGAAGUAGUACCGUGGGUUAAGAACUUUGCUUCAGGAUGAGAACAGAAAUUGCAUGGUGGUGGCGUGGCGGCAGAGGGAGGCCCCAUUAGCUAAAGUGGUGUUUCAGGUUAAGAACGGAGCUCCAGAACGAAUUAAGUACGUAACCAGAGGUACCACUGUAUUUUCAUGUGGAUUAAAAAUAAUAAUAAUCACAGACUGAUGAGGAAAUCAGUAAGAACUGAAUUUAAGAUUGGAAAAAGGAGAACUUGCAAAAUUUGCCAAUCUCUAGUGGCCUAGCCUGAACCAUGAGAGCUGUUCCUUUGCUAGUUGUACUUUAAAGAACGGUACUGAAAGAGAAAUCUUUCCAGAUUCAGUUUCUCCCAUCGAUCCAAGUGUUUGAUGGGAAAGGCUAUCUGGGGAGAACGUGUGCCUUAAAAGGGAAGGAGACCUUUCAGAAUAUUGCAACCCUGGGAAUAAUCUGAGCCAGAGUACAAAAUUUGGGUUCUGAGAAUGUUUGAAGACCAUUUAGAUACUUUUAAAACUGUUUCCUGUUCCUGCCUUGGAUUUCUUCAUGUCCAUCCAGUUUAGCUUGUAAACACAUUCUGGGAGAACGGUAUAUUUCAAAUACAAACAAACGGCUGGCUUUAAGUAAAAAAUAAAUCAAAACAUUUCUGUGGUUUCUUCAUAGCCACAGUAGGAAAAUGUUCCUUAACAUUCCCUCCCCUUGUUCCCUUGAAAAGUCGCACAGCAGCUCAAAGUUCUGUGGACCAAAGCAAACUUCUUGGUGCCAUGCAAACAUGAUCAGUAAGAGAUUCUCUCUUCACUCCAUCCAUCUAGAAAAAAGCUGUCCCAUUCGUUGCUAUACUGCACAUUUUGUAUAGCCAACAGGGAACAUUGGUUCCUGAAAAGAGCAGAAAUUAAACACCCGCAAGAGAACUGGGUGAACUACAUUUUAUAUAGCACAAAUGUUUGGAGAAGUCGCAUAAUCCAGAGCUUGUUUAAUAUGUUUCCCCACAAGGCUGAUUUUUGUGAUACUUCUGUUUAUUUUUUCAUUACUAGGCUGUAUGUGUUGAGAAUUCAUGCAUGGUUCGAGGAAGCAAAGAGGGAAGAAAUGGAUUUAUCCACAUUUUCAGGGAAUUAAUUGAUCCAGCAGAGAAAACUCUACAUGAAGUAUUGAGAUCGGAUAAACGAUUCAGGUAAACCAUGAUUUUUAACUGUAUCAAAACUCCGCCCCCCCCCCCCGCAAACUAAACAGAAAGAUGAGAUCUCAGUUAUACACGCUGAGACUGAGUGAUGUUGAGAAUCAUUCUAAAAAAAUUGCUCACCCUCAGUUUAACUGUUGUUGUUUUAGGCUUGGAGUGAAAAUUAUCUAAAAUCAUAAUAAAAUCCACAAAGUGUCUUGAGUGGAUGAUUCUUGUCACCAGUUUUAUUGAAUAGCCUGCCAUCUGUAAUUAGAGGUUUGGGUGAUCAUAAAAUGAAACGAUUAUUUUAAUACUUAGUAAUUUAAGAAGCAAACAGUGGCUCAUAAGUCCGCAAUGAAAUUUUCAAAGAAAAGCUGGGGCUAGAUCCCAGGGAAACCUCCAAACCUUUCAGACCUCAGAUAGAUAGAUAGAUGAUAGAUGAUAGAUGAUAGAUAGAUAGAUAGAUAGAUAGAUAGAUAGAUAGAUAGAUAGAUGAUAGAUAGAUAGAUAGAUAGAUAGAUAGAUAGAUAUAGAUAGAUAGAUGAUAGAAUCUUUAUUUGCAUCAGCCGCAAGCCAUAACAAAGGAAUCAAAUACAAUAAAGUUCAGACCACAGUUGGAAGGGAGAAUUCCAGUUCUAAUGCCGUCUUGAUAGGAGAAGCAGCAUCUGUGCCAAUUUUCCUUAUGAGUAGCGCAAAGAUACAGGAACUGUCUUGGUACUUGCAUUUUGGAGCUCUAAAUAUAUACUACCUCUAAAUGUACUUUGGCAGAUAUAUUGCGUAUGCAUGUGAAUGUCAACUAUUAUCAUGAUCAAGUCCACAAAGCUGGAGGCAAGACUGCAAUAUAUAUAUUUUUUAAAAAAACAGCAACUAUAAUGUUCUCCAGGAAAAAAAUCUGACUAGGAGAAUGAAUCAUUUAUUGCUUUCCACAUUUUCCAGCCAGAAAUGUCGGAGGGUAUAUCAGAAAAAGAGAGUUCUAUAUUUUCACCGCCUUGCUGUUCGUAUCUUCUUGCUGGUUGCUCCUAUCCUAGCAUGCUUGUGGUGCUUUUUCUUUCUUUAGAUUCAAGGAAAAGAGGGAAAAGAUGAAAAGCAGAAUCCUUGCUGUUUAUGUCUGAAACAUCCCAGUAGAAUUCAGUCACGUAAAUUGCCUAAAUAUAGCCAAUAUAGCAUCCUCCAGAUGUUGUUGGACUACCACUACCAGAAUCCCUGAAAGUUGGUCAUUCUGGCAGGGCCCGAUGGGAAUUGGAGUCCUACAACAAACUGAGGAUGCCAUAUUGGACUGCUGUAAUGUGCUGUAUGUGUGGCUGCCCUUGAAGAUGGUCUGGAGCUGGUAGCUAAUGUGGAAUGUGGCUUCUAUACUGGUAAUGGGGGCAGAACAAAAGGGACAAUGUGUCACCAGACCUGAAUGUACUGCACUGACUGCCAGUGAGCUACUGGGCCCAAUUCAAGGGGUUAUUAUUAUCAUAAAGGUAAAGGUAACGGACCCCUGACAGUUAAGACCAGUCGUGAACGACUCUGGGGUUGCGGCACUCAUCUCGCUUUACAGGCCAAGGGAGCCGGCAUUUGUCCACAGACAGUUUUUCUGGGUCAUGUGGCCAGCAUGACUAAGCUGCUUCUGGCGAAACCAGAACAGCGCACGGAAAUGCCGUUUACCUUCCCGCCAGAGUGGUACCUAUUUAUCUACUUGCACUUUGAUGUGCUUUUGAGCUGCUAGGUUGGCAGGAGCUGGGACAGAGGAAUGGGAGUUCACCCCGUCGUGAGGAUUCAAACUGCCGACCUUCCGAUUGGCAAGUCCUAUGCUCAGUGGUUUAGACCACAGCGCCACCCAUGUCCCUUAUUAUCAGCAUACAGAGCUCUAAAUGUUUUGGGACCCAAGCAGCAACUUACCCAGUGUCAACCAUCUCAGACCCUACAAUUGGCAGGUGGGACCUUGGUGGUGUUGCCACCACCGGGAGCUUCCUAGUUGGCGUUGACCCAUGACAGGACUUUCUUGUGGCAAUUCCCCAUUUGUGGAAUGCCAUUCCUGGUGAAGUGCAUCUUGUUUCCUUCAUUUCUGACUUCCAGGAGGAACUCAGAAAUAUCCCUGUUUAUCCAGGCAUUUGAUGGCUGAAAUACAGUGUUCCUGGCAAUCCCUGAAAUCACUAGUUGUGUGAAUAGGUUUUAAAUAAUAAUAAUAAUAAUAAUAAUAAUAAUAAUAAUAAUAAUAAUUUAUUUAUACCCUGCCCAUCUGACUGGGCUUCCCCACUCUGGGCAGCUUCCAACAAAAUAUUAAAAUACAGUAAUGCAUCAAACAUUAAAAGGUUCCCUAACCAGUUUUAAACUGUUAAGAAAAUGUUUUUGAAAUAUUUUAAACUUGGUUUUAGAUUUUUUUCUCAGUUUUCAACGCUUUUAAAAGAUCGUGAUGGUGAAUAUGAUGAUGAUUGAUUAGUUUGCCACCCUUCAUUCCUUCAUAAUAUGAAUCUGUCUUUAGGGACUCUCUUCUGCCUGUGAAGAAGUUCAUCAGAAACAAUAGGACAAUGUUCCUAUCUUCACGCAGAAACUGGGCAGUUGUUAAUUGUUUUGUGCUCUCUUUUCUUCCUCAGCACAUUCCUCAGCCUAGUGGAAGCAGCAGACUUAGAAGAGGUUCUUUCUCAACCUGGUGACUGGACCUUGUUUGUCCCAACUAAUGAUGCUUUCAAAAGCUUGACUGAGCAGGAGAAACAGACCCUGAUAAGUAAGUAGGUCACAAAAAGAAGAUCACAGAGCCAGUGGCUUCUCUGCUGUAGUCCUUUUCAAUGUUGUGAGCAGUGCUGGAUUUACGUAUAAGCUAAACAAGCUGCAGCUGAGGUCUCCACUCUCUUGGGGGCCCCAAAAAAAUUUAAAGGGAAAAAAAGAACUGGAUGUACAUUUCCAAAAUAUAAAAUAAAAAACAAAUACACUAAAACCUACAUACAGCAACAGUGUUUUGCAUUGUGUAGGCUCCUAUGAUGUAGGUAAUGGGCCCCGCCUGCUAGCUUGCUCCCUAAAAUAUCACUGGUUUGCUCAUUUAUAUAUAUAGGGUUGUAUUUCACUAUUAAUAUACUUCUUCUUAAUUGUAUUUCAGUUCAACAAUUACUUGAUAAAAUACAUAUUUUGUUAUGUGCAAAUGGCUUUAGAUACCUAUUAGGUCCACAAAUUACCAUAUAGCAUAUAUUCAGCAACAAAAAACCAGUGUCAAUUUGUUGUUGACGAAGGACAGCUGGACAUAUAAAGGGCCCCAUUACCUCCAGUAGUUUAGGGCCUCAUCAAACCUAAAUCCAGCCCUGGUUGUGAGAGAUGCUGUGUGAUUUCUCUUGGCCACUUUAGCUUCCCGAAGUCUCUAGGACUGAAAAGAGGAAGACACCUCUUUCUUCUACCAAGUUCUAUAGCAGCUGUGGUUGUCUAUUGCAGAAUAAAACAACAAAGCUCCUGUUUGGACAUUUUGAUACUAACCAUUAAGCUUUUACAAUACAAUACGAAUCUUUACUGCGUUCAUAGACCAGAAUUUAAGCCUUUAAAGAUCCUUGACUUUUCUUGGAAAAACUUCCACUUCCUACAGACAAAGUGUAUUCAAUUAAUUAGUGGAUAUUUUCUGAGAAUACACGCUUCUGACAGUCACAGCAGGAGUAGACAGAAUAUGCAUUUUUAAAAACCAGGCAGAGUACACAGCAGAGGAUUCCAAUACACAUGCAAUCAUGCUGAAUUGGAAGGGAAUCAAAAAAAACAAUGACAGUGAGCCAGGCAGAUUUACGACCUUAAGCUUGGAGAUCGAGAACAGUGAUGAGAAAGGGGUGGUGGUGAAAAGUUUAUGAAAAGAUCCAUAUUGAAGACUGCUUCUGAGUGAUCACAUGCAUGGCGGGAGAUGAUGAUGAUGAUAGUUUAUUAUUUAUAUCCCGCCCAUCUGGCUGGGUUUCCCCAGCCUCUCUGGGAGGCUCCCAACAGAACAUUAAAAACACAGUAAAAUGUCAGGGCUGCUUUCAGAUGUCCUCUAAAAGUCAGAUAGUUGUUUAUUUCCUUGACAUCUGAUGGGAGGGCGUUCCACAGGGCGGGCGCCACUACCAAGAAGGCCCUCUGCCUGCUUUGCGCAAGAACAUUAAAUGAACUUCAUCACCAUACCUACUCUUGAAUGAUUUGUUGUUGUUUAGUUGUUUAGUCGUGUCUUACUCUUCGUGACCCCAUGGACCAGACCAUGCCAGGCACUCCUGUCUUCCACUGCCUCCCGCAGUUUGGUCAGACUCAUGUUUGUAGCUUUGAGAACACUGUCCAACCAUCUCAUCCUCUGUCGUCCCCUUCUCCUUGUGCCCUCCAUCUUUCCCAACAUCAGGGUCUUUUCCAGGGAGUCUUCUCUUCUCAUGAGGUGGCCAAAGUAUUGGAGCCUCAGCUUUAGGAUCUGUCUUUCCAGUGAGCACUCAGGGCCGAUUUCUGUAAGAAUGGAUAGGUCUGAUCUUCUUGCAGUCCAUGGGACUCUCAAGAGUCUCCUCCAGCACCAUAAUUCAAAAGCAUCAAUUCUUCGGCGAUCAGCCUUCUUUAUGGUCCAGCUCUCACUUCCAUACAUCACUACUGGGAAAACCAUAGUUUUAACUAUACGGACCUUUGUUGGCAAGGUGAUGUCUCUGCUUUUUAAGAUGCUGUCUAGGUUUGUCAUUGCUUUUCUCCCAAGAAGCAGGCGUUUUCUAAUUUCGUGACUGCUGUCACCAUCUGCAGUGAUCAUGGAACCCAAGAAAGUAAAAUCUCUCACUACCUCCAUUUCUUUUCCUUCUAUUUGCCAGGAGGUGAUGAGACCUGUGGCCAUGAUCUUAGUUUUGUUGAUGCUGAGCUUCAGACCAUAUUUUGCAUUCUCCUCUUUCACCCUCAUUAAAAGGUUCUUUAAUUCCUCCUCACUUUCUGCCAUCAAGGUUGUGUCAUCAGCAUAUCUGAGGUUAUUGAUAUUUCUUCCGGCGAUCUUAAUUCCAGUUUGGAAUUUAUCCAGUCCAGCCUUUUGUAUGAUGAAUUCUGCAUAUAAGUUAAAUAAGCAGGGAGACAAUAUACAGCCUUGUCCUACUCCUUUCCCAAUUUUGAACUAAUCAGUUAUUCCAUAUCCAGUUGAUACCCGUUUUGAAUUUCAGGGGCCUGUGAAUAAGAUAUACACAAACUGUUGAAAUAAACAAAUCAAUAAUACACUAAAAUCCAGCCCUAGUUGAUAAUCUCUUGGAUUAUUCACAGUCUACUAUGCUUUCUAUGAAACUCUGAACACUGCUAGAGGCAACAACCUUGUUACUGUGUAUUUAUUUUAUUUUUACUUUUUCAGGGGUGAAAGAGCCCCUGGUCUUGUCAGAGGUUCUUCAUCCCAGCUCAACUCUCUGAUUUUCCUUGUGGAUGUGAAAAGAAACCAGAUCUUGAAUUUAGGGCAUUUUGUUCUGGGAUAAGGGAUUAAAAGGUAAACAGGUUCUCUGUAGCACAAAAAAUAAAAUAAAAAUAAACAGCUCCCCUGUAGGAAACUUUACUUGCCAGUGGGAAGGCUUGGUGAAUCAUUGAUCCAACCGUACUUACGCCCAUCUCUGGUUUUCUUCCAUAGGGGACCAAAAUGCUCUCAGGAAUAUUCUGCUUUAUCACUUAACUCGAGGAGUUUUCAUUGGAAGCGGAUUUGAACCUCGUGUGACCAACAUCCUCAAAACUAUCCAAGGCGGCAAAUUGUACUUGAAAGUUGUGAGUAUUGACAGUAACCUUUCGACAAGAAUGAUUAACCCUGUCAUUUAAGUUGAAGGACGAAGACAGUAUUCCGAGAGAUGUGCGAAACCUGCCAAGAAAUUACUUUGAUUUUGUCAGAACUCUUUUGGCUUCUCUUGCAGUCCCUAAAGCGUUUUGCCAGAAGAGGAUUUUCUAACAGUGGCGUAGCGUGGGGGGUGCAGGGGGGGCCGGCCGCACCGGGUGCAACAUCUGGGGGAGGGCGCACUCGCACUCGCAGCUCUCUGCCCCUACCUGGCUCACUCACUCUCACUGCAGUGCUGGCUGUGCAAAUCCGAUCCGAGCCGCUGGGUCGCCGCCCACUGUGGAGGGGGUGGGUGCCAGGUGUGCGGUGCGGAGAGAGAGCGAGGGACUAUCUGGGGGAGGGACAGUGCAGCGGCCGCCCAGCGCAGCGCUGAGCGCAGGAGAGAACCACACCAGACCAGACCAGGCAGCAGCAAGAAGAAGCUGGCAGCGGCGGCAGGUUAGGGGUUAGGGGGCGCAAAUUACUUGCCUUGCCCCGGGUUAGGGGGCGUAAAUUACUUGCCUUGCCCCGGGUUAGGGGGCGCAAAUUACUUGCCUUGCCCUGGGUGCUGACAACCCACGCUACACCGCUGUUUUCUAACAUUGCCUUACCAUGUGUAUUCCACUAUAUAAGAUACUAGACAUUAUAAUAAUAUUUAUUUCAACUGUUUGGAAAUGUAUUCUCUCUUUUUGUUGUUCACGUUUAUUAUUUAAUCCUUAGGUGAAUGACACUCUUCUGGUGAAUGAUUUAAAAGCAAAGGAAUCUGACCUUAUGGCGACCAAUGGUGUGAUUCAUGUCAUUGACAAGCUCCUGUAUCCCGCAGGUGGGUUGUGGAUUAUUGUAAUGUAUUCACCCGUGUUCCUUAGACCAUUCAUGCGCUGUUUUCCAAUCAAAAGGGAAGCAGGUUUUCUGUGGCAUCUGACCAUUUGGUAAAUUGAUUUAGUCAUCUGCACAAAUCUCACCUGAUGGUAGAUGAAUGAAUAUUAUACUCGUCUCCUAUCUCUGAGCGGUGCCCCAGGAAAACUUUGCUGUCGCCUAUGUUAUGGUAUUUUUAGCACACAAAGAGCUUUUCUAUUUCCCAGGCUUUUUAUUCUUAAAUAUUUUAGCAGUUUUCACACUAUUGUAUUGAUAUAAUUCCCUGUUGCUAAUUAUAUUUUAGUUCUUGUUUAGAGCUGGCUUUCUUUUGCUUUCGAGUUCUGUUUCAUGUUGCAUUUUAUGGUUUUAAUUUUUACUUAAAAAUUACCCAGAGAUGGUAAUUUAGACGGUAUAGAGUUGGUAUAUAAAUAUUGAAAAGAAAUAAAUGAAGCAUUUAGCUCUCUGGGACAGAAGUACUUGAAAAACGCAAUAUUUAUGUUUAUAAUUACUCUGAGGAAAUGUGGUGCGUUUGAGAACUUUACAUUCCCUUUCUCCCGUUUUCCAGUUCAAGUUAUUCAUAUAUAGGGCACAGCCGAAACAUUUUACUGACUUUCCAUUUUGAACAAACCAGAGUAUUGCUUAGGAUUUUCUCUCUGUGUUAAAAUUAUCUUUAUCUCACCAUACUUUGAUUUAUUUUUUUAUUUAUAAACAAAAACGUAGAUGUACCUGUUGGAAAUGACCAGCUCCUCACAAUUCUGAAAAAAUUGAUUAAGUACAUCCAGCUCAAGGUAUGUUCUAUAGAUUGUAAUCUGUGAUAACACAUAGAGCCAAAUCUGAAUCACACUGGUGGGUUUAUUUCCACUGCUUUUUGUCCAUGAGGCCAGAAAAUAUGUUUGUCAUAGAACAGCAAUGUCAGUGAGAUGUGGGGCAGUUAACCAUUCAGCAGAUGCCCAAAGCAGAGACACAUCAAUAACUCCUAUCCCACAAAGCAUAUCUACUUCACCAAAUGUUGAUGAUCAUCAAUUCCAUGAUGUUCUUUUCCUGCUGCCUACUAAGGCUGUCCAUAAACUCGACUUUGACAUGGGUGCCAAGAGCCCUUAAGCUAAAGGUAAAGGGACCCCUGACCAUUAGGUCCAGUCGUGGCCAACUCUGGGGUUGCGGCGCUCAUCUUGUUUUAUUGGCCGAGGGAGCCGGUGUACAGCUUCCGGGUCAUGUGGCCAGCAUGACUAAGCCGCUUCUGGCAAACCAGAGCAGUGCACGGAAAGGCCGUUUACCUUCCCGCCGGAGUGGUACCUAUUUAUCUACUUGCAGUUUGACAUGCUUUCAAACUGCUAGGUUGGCAGGAGCAGGGACCGAGCAACGGAAGCUCACCCCAUUGUGGGGAUUCGAACCGCCGACCUUCUGAUCAGCAAGUCCUAGGCUCUGUGGUUUAACCCACAGCGCCACCCAUGUCCCGCCAAGAGCCCUUAGUAACAAGUAAUUCCCCAAGUGCUUUUUGUUCAAGAGAAUAGCAAAUAUAGAGAACAGCACAGAAAUGAACUGGAAUGAAUAGAGACCAAUGGCAAAGAAAAGAGAAGAAAAGAGAAAUAAUUUGGUAUGUGGCAAGGUAUCUGGUUGUGGACAGAGCCUUGAGGGCAUAGCUGUCAACUGUUCCCUUUUUUUUAAGGGAAAUUCCCUUAUUCCAAAUAGGAUUCCUCACAAGAUAAGGGAAAAGUUGACAGCUAUGCUUGAGGGGUUGCCCCCAAUUUGCCCUGUGCUCCAGUUUCUGCACUGCAGGUUUCAAAGGUGGACUUCACCUGUCAGAGAUUCUUCAGCCGUGAUUCCUGCAAUUGCAAGGGAGUUGGGCUAUUUAAUCCUUGGGAUCCCUCCCAGCUCUACAGUUCUAUGAUUCUGCAAGGCCUUAUAAGGGAAUGCUGUUGUCAGGGACUGGGCAGAAGAGGAAUGAUGGAGACCGCCUCCCCAGCCUGACCCUUCCAGAGAAGAAGACAGUUCACAGUUACAACAGGGGUUUGAGGGAAGUCACAGCUCAGGGGAAGAUGAGGGAGAAAGUUGGGAAAUAACAGUAGAGGAGGAGGAGGAGCUGGAGCAGCUGGCUGACACGUUAUCACUAAAAAGCAUCCAAGACCCACCAUCUCCCAGAUGCCAGCGAGCCUUAAAAGUAGGAGAGGAAAGAGCUUGGAGACAGAUGGCCCUAAGCGACAACCGUAAAGGGCUUGCUGCUGUUGACGAAAUGGGGAGUGGGUGAAAGGAGGGGUGGAGAUUUACUCGGGACAGCCCAUUAUUCCAAGAGGCUGCGUUCUCAAGCCUCUCUCUGUAAAUAUUGAAUAAAAAGCAGAUGGUAAGGACUUUUCCUUGUCUUAGCCGUUCCUGGCAACCUGCUGUAGGGGUUGGUUCCUCUGCCGCCUGACAGCUGUGCACCAUAGGUGCCAACUCCCUGGGGCCCUGGGUGUCCGAGCAACCACAAAAUUCCCCAUGAAGUGGCCAGGCACCCACAAAUUUAUGUACCAGGGCCAUGCACAUUGCAGGGCACCCAGAGCCCCGGGCAACCACAAUCAAAGAUGCUCAGGAAAGUGGAGGUUUCGAAAUUAAUGUCACAAUAAACUCAGAGCAGCAGCUGCAGCAAAGAAUAACUCCAUAUUGAGAGUCUCCCUUUCCCAUUUCAUAGAGCUUAGUCUGUGCCCUGGUGCCAUUGCAAUAGCAUGUUUCACCCAGUGGCAUCGCAAGGGGGCGGGGGUGUGCUCCGGGGGCCAUGUCUGGGGGGUGACAAGAAGGGACCCUGUGGGGUGCUCACCCCACUGCCCCGUGCACAGCGGUGCACGCAGCCAUCGCGCCGCCGCAGCCGCAUGUAGAGGAUCCUCCGCUCGUGUCCAUUCAGUGCUCAAACAGUGCAUGUGGCAAACCACUACAUACAACACAUGCACGGUGUUGCACACAUGCGCUGUACAUAGUGACAGUGCACAUGCACCGGACAUAGCGGUUUGCCGCUGGCGCCGCUCAAGCGCCGUACGGACGGCGGUGGGAUUACUCCGCCACCGCUGCAGCCGCACGUGGAGGAUCCUCCGUUUGUGGCUGCAGCCGCGAGCAGAGGAUCCCGCCACCGUCCGUACGGCGCUUGAGCGGUGCCUGCGGCAAACCACUAUGUACGAUGCAUGUGCGGCGUCACUACGUACAGCGCAUGCGUCAUACGUAGCAACGCUGCUCAUGCGCCCUACGUAGUGGCACCGCACAUGUGUCAUAUGUAUCUGCGCAGUGCAUGUGUCGUACGUAGCGGCGCCACGCAUGCACAGCCAACGGUUUGCCCCACCCCAGGUGUCAGUUAGCCUUCGUUCGCCCCUGGUUUCACCUCCUCUAUUCCACCUUAUUGACUACUGUUGCAAGAAAAUGCACAACGUGGUAAGAAUGUAAGAACAGCCCUACUGGUUCAGGCCAAUGGCAUCCUGAGCCAGCAUCCUGGUCUCAGUGGACAACCAGAUGUCUGUGGGAAGCCUUUGAGCAGGACCAGAGCACAACUCCUGUCUCCCAACUUCUGAUUCCCUGCAGCUGCUGCUGUUCAGAGGGAUACUGCCCCCAGCUGUGGAGGUACAAAACAUCAGGAUGCAAGCUCAGUUUUGAUGACGAGUUCAGGCUACAGGCUGAGUUUUACUAGAUGUUUACUAGAGGGGAGUUUUGGCAACCCUGUGUUUUGUGGGAACAUUUAGUUCUUGGCCAAAAAUGGGAUUAUUAUUUUUUUUAAUGGGAGUCCUAGAUUAACUUCCAAGGAUCUCUGCUCCUCUGUGUUGCAUGCUUCAGAUGACAUUCUCGCCAUGUGAACUUGACCCCAUGUGCUGCCGGUGUGAUGGUCAUUUCUUCCUUGUGAAAUGUGAAGUAUUGUUUUCCACUUCCCUUUAGGUACCACCAGAUUUAACUCAUCUUUCUCUCCCCUCCACAGUAUGUCCGUGGCAGCACAUUCAAAGAGAUUCCAUUGACAUUUUACAGUAAGUAUUUUUAAAGGUGACAUGAACAGUCGCAAAUGUUUGAUGGGAUGGAGGGAUUCGAAUGUCUGUUUUGGAUAACUAGAACUGUCAAAUAAGGGUCAGGAAAUUGGGGGGCAAUACUGCAUGUGUGGCACAGAGUGGACACUAAAACAAAUGUCCCUAAAACUCAUUCAUUAGCAGAUGAUCACCCAUUUUGAAGCCUGGUUUUUCCAUUCAGUUCAUAGUGAAGAUAACUCUCCAUUCAUGAAUGUCCAUUAAUGUUAACUGUCCAUUCAUGGAUGUUCAUGGCUUGAAGAAGAGUUGCUGUUGUUGCUACUGUGAGAUGCAAACCAGAGAUUUCAGCUGACUCCUUCAGCAAAAUCGCUUCCUAAAAGGUGCAACUGGACUUUUAAUAUGAAAAAGCAAAGGCAGUCAAAAUACAUGGGACUUGGAAGUACUGAAAUUCGGCAGGAUCGUGCCCUGCAUUUGUAUCACCCAAAUAUAUAGUUAUUGUGCUGGUGAAAGAAGCACAAAUAAUUCUGGAAAAUAUAGCUUCAUUAGGUCCAGUCGUGACCGACUCUGGGGUUGCAGCGCUCAUCUCACUUUAUUGGCCGAGGGAGCCGGCGUACAGCUUCCGGGUCAUGUGGCCAGCAGGACUAAGCCGCUUCUGGCGAACCAGAGCAGUGCACGGAAACACCGUUUACCUUCCUGCUGGAGUGGUACCUAUUUAUCUACUUGCACUUUGACGUGCUUUCAAACUGCCAGGUGGGCAGGAGCAGGGACCGAGCAAUGGGAGUUCACCCCAUUACGGGGAUUCGAACCGCUGACCUUCUGAUUGGCAAUAUAUAUAUAUGGUACGGAGUUGUCUUUCAGUCAGAAAGGAGGUCGCUGUUAGCAAAGGGCUUCAUUGGUAUAGCAUCACAGAAUCACAGAAUUUUAGAGUUGGAAGGGACCAUGAGGCUCAUCUAGUCCACCCCCUGAAAUGCAGAAAACUUUUGCCCAAUGUGGGGCUUGAACCCUCGACCCAGAGCUCAAGAGUCUCAUGCUCUAACAACUGAGCUAUCACUCUUUUUUUGAUUAAAAAAAGGACUUUGGUGGCUACAGGUUUACUGAUACCGCAUCAGUUAUCUUGCUAACGGGACUACCAUUGUAUAUGUGUCAGGAACUCUCUUCACAGGUUCUUUUUCAGAGUUCGUUCACGGGGAACUUCCACAAGUACAGGAAGCUCCCUGCUUCAGAAAUUCUCCCUCCAAUAUGUGGAGGGUGAUCAGAACAGUGGCAGGGAGAAGAAAUAGCAUGGCUGUCCCCCUCCCCUCCCCACAUGUUUAGUUUAACUCUGAAAAAGAUUCUUUUUUGUUCUCUGGAACAAAAAGCAUGCACAGUCUGCACCUCUUGAGGGCAUUGCAUUCUUGUUUUGGCCAUGUCCCAUAAAACACAUUCAAUCCCAGUGAGUUCCGCGAUACCAUUAAAAAGGACAGCGUAGGGUAGCCGUUUCUAACUCCACCAGUUUUUGCUUUCUUUUACUUUCAGCCACCCGAAUUAUUAGAGUUGUUGACCCCGAGACUAAAGUAAUUGAGAGCAGCUUUGAGCCCAGCGUCCGAAAAGGUAAAAGUGGUUGGUUGGAUGGAGUAAUAUGAAUAAUAGCCAAAUAAAACUCAGAGACUUUGAGGUUGUGGAAAGGAAAAAAGCCCACAACGUGUUGAAAUUGUGAGGUAAAAGCGAGAGAUGCCACCAAAACUUAAUCUAUUGGAAAAAUUAGUGCUGUGUGGGCCUUUGCCUAUCCAAAUCGGAAAGAGGCCAAUUAAAACAGAUUAAUUUAGAAGAACAUCCACUGCCCAUUUGAAAACAAUCUGUUUUGAUUUUGAGGUGGAGGCAACAACCGCUACACUCCCUUUACCUGAUGGUAUCUAUUGGAGAACUUCCUGCUACUUUUGCAAGUGGAUCGCGUGGGUUUUUAAAAUUUGUCAGUACAAAUAACAAAAGAUUAUGACAAUGGAUUGGACUUCCCAAGCCGCAAUUCUCAACAAAUCCACUUCCAAUUUUUACCUUAGAAGAACACUGGGGGAAAAAUGUUUUAAAUGCUCUAACCUUGAAUGUGUGACUUUACAGACUGGCGAUGAAAGAAUGCAGGGAAAACUUAAUAAGAUCAGGGUUACUUAGGCAACCAAGUCCAUGCUCAUUUUGUGUUCUAAAAGGGGAAUAUAGAGUGGGCUUAAUAAUAGGUUGCCGCAAGCAUAGACUGGGUCAUAUAGAAGUAUAACUUAACCGAAAAUGCAUGUUCUUUAUUAAUGUUCUCCUUUAAGUUCUGUAAUGAUUGUAUUUGUGGCUUGAAAGAGUAAGUCUGCUUCAUCACACGGUCGCAUCCAUGCCAUGUAUUUAAAGCACUCUGAUACCACUUUAACAGCCAUGGCUUUUCUCCAAGAGUGCUGGAAACUGUAGCUAGUUAUGGGGGCUGAGAACUGUUAGGAGACCCCUCAAAGAUCUACGAUUGUUACAAGCCUUAAAUGCAGAUCCCAGGAUUCUAGAAGGAAGCCAAAAGCAGUGACUCACAUUGAGUUAUGCCAAAGGCAAUAACUAACAUUCAGUAAUGCCAGGCUUAUAGGUUAGAAAAGCAGUUCCCCGAGUGGAGAUUAAAUAAGCAGAGAAAAUAGUGAGUGCUAAUCACGCCCUCUAUGCAGCCAACUUGUCAUUGGCUGCCAGACUCGUCAUCCUACCGCUGGCUUCGCCCCAGGGUAUGAUUUGUGUUGGGCAGGCUUCUCAACGUUGCUCACAAUCCCACCUCUGAUGACUCAAGAACAGUCCUCUUUGCAAGCCAAUUCCAGCUUUUCUUUAUAUGCCAACAAUUGCAACAUUGGCAGCCACAAAAGAACACAGAAGCAUUCUUCACAGGGACUCCCAAAUGUGUGGAGAGACCAGAAGAUACUUGGGCCAGGAAAUGUCUUAGGAAGCCAUAUUCCAAUCAUUCAUUCAAAAGGAAAGGGCUUGUCCACACCAGUGCCGAAAUGUGUACGUGCUGCUGUUCGCCUCCCCAUUUAAUUUGUGUUGUGUGCAUGAUGUUCUCCUCAUCCAACUGGCAACCCGAAGAGGGAAAGUAAAUCCAAUACAAAAUGCUACAUGGCUGUGAACACACUGUGUAAGCAGGUUCUGGUGAUGUUUCUAGGGUGCCAUGUUUUCCCUCAACUUUACUUCUGUUUUGUUUUUGACAGCCGAAAGGAAAGGCUGCGGUUAUAACGGGACAACACUGGUUUCGGCUGUUGUUCUGCUCUGGCUCUGUAUUUCAACAUGUAUUUUAGACACAAUGCGUGGAAACACAGAAGAGAUUUUACAGCCAGCAUGAAUAAGCAAAUAAGCCAAUGGUGGAUACAAUUCAAGCAUAGUUAGGCACUUUUAAGCAUCACUGACUUCACUGGAAAAGUUGAGCAUGUGUUUAACUCAACAGGUCCUGGUGCUUAAAUGUGAUUAGAUUAUGCCCUUAGCUUUUUAUCGGAGCUGGUCAAAUGUUUUCUUAUGUUUAGAUUAUGAAGCCUAGCACAACGUAAAAGUGUUUUAAAAACUGCAACCAUCUGAUUCUCUUGAAAUAUUUUCUUAUCAUUAUCACAGAAAUAAAGGUAGUUGGUGGCACCACAGUUCGAAAAGAGAUUGAAGGUAAUGUAUCGUGAAAGAGGACAAUUAAUAGACUUCCCAUAAUAUCCAGCUGUGAAGCAAAGCAUCAAGCCUUUCCCCCCCACAAAAUAUUUGUGGGGCAGAAAAAUCACAAAGUGAGGGAGCCAAGGACCAAGAGCAAUUUGGUCCUUGAGCAAUUUGGAAAACAGAAUCUUUGUACUUCAUUUGACCUCGAAGAGGGAAAUGCUUCCUUCCCUAUUUCCUAUUAAUGUUCUUUAAAUGGCUGCUGCCAGUUUUGAUGUAAGACUUCUGGGAUGGCUCAGUCAAGAGAGCAUGAGACUCUAAACCUCAGGGUUGUGGGUUUGAGCUCCACAGUGGGCAAAAGAUUCCUGAAGUGCAGAGGGUUGGACUAGAUGACUCUUGUGGUCCCUUCCAGCUGUACACUCUAUGAUUCUAUGACAUCAUCAAGUGGUCAAUGUGCUUCUGUUGAGUUUGCAGCCAAAAUAUUAUAGCCACAAAAGAGCAGAGGCACAAAAGCAGCAAAUGGGAAUCAGAAAUGUCAAAACCUUGAACCCGCCUGCACAGCUAUUGCGAACAGAUAUCUCCCAUGUUCCACAGGCCUACUUAAUCCAUGACACAUUGGAUUACACAGUUUAAUUUAAUGUAUAUCAAUUCACACCAGGAUCAAACACUCUACAUAUUUCGGGACGCGGGUGGCGCUGUGGUCUAAACCACUGAGCCUCUUGGGCUUGCCGAUCAGAAGGUCGGCAGUUUGAAUCCAUGCGACAGGGUGAGCUCCCGUUGCUCUGUCCCAGCUCCUGCCAACCUAGAGGUUCAAAAGCAUGCCAGUACAAGUAGAUAAAUAGGUACCGCUGCUGCGGGAAGAUAAACAGCAUUUCCGUGCACUCUGGUUUCUGUCACGGUGUUUUGUUGCGCCAGAAGCAGUUUAGUCAUGCUGGCCACAUGACCCGGAAAGCUGUGGACAAACGCUGGCUCCCUCGGCCUGAAAGCGAGAUGAGUGCCGCAACCCCAUAGUCACCUUUGACUAGACUUAACUGUCCAGGGGUCCUUUACCUUUUUCACCUUUACAUAUUCAUGCUCUGGAAUCCCAACCCAGUCUACAACAGUGGUCUCAUAUGUACCAGUCAUGGCUUCCCCUAAAGAAAUCUAGGCCGUUAAAGGUGUAGGCGGUUAACUGUAGAAACUCUACAUUGUUAAGGGUGUUGAGAGUUAUUAGGAGACUUCUCACAGAGUUCCCUGGAAAGAGGGAAAUUGUAACUCUGUGAGCAGAACAGGAGUCUCCCAACAACCCUCAGUACCAUUAACAAACUAGAGUUCCCAGUAUUCUUUGGGGGAAGCUAUGACUGUGAAAGUGAUAUAAGCAGUGUUUUUUCCCCUUAAAAGAUGUUUAGGGGUACUCUCAUUUUCCUACUCAUAUUGAAAUACUGCCCCUCAUUGAGGCCAAACUUAAAUUCCCAAAAUGUUUAGGGGUAUGCGUGCCCCUGCAUCCCCCCAGAAAAAAAGCACUAGAUAUAAGAGUCCAUUCGAGAUAUGGUGCAUCACUCUGAAGAAUUAUAUCCUAGUCCCAAUAGCUUUAGGAUUGGCUCUGACACAAAUGAGUAGGAGUUAAUUUUGUCCGAGGCAUUUUCAUUAAGCAUUGUUCGCUUUGUACGUCAUAUUUAUAACGCACCUUCCCAUUUUGAAAUAAUGCUUUUCAGGGCCCACUAUUACAAGGCUCACCAAAGUGAUUGAAGGGGACCCAGAAUUUAAGCUGGUCAGGGAAGGCGAGACAGUCACUAAAGUUAUUCAUGGAGGUGAAUAUGUCUCACGGACUGCACAUUACUAACCAGAAUGGUUCGGAAGAGGCAGUUCCCAGUUCUCUUAAACUGCUGGAUUUCUUCUUAGCAUGUGUUAUAAUGAUGUAUUGCAACUAUACAGUUUUAUUAUUAAACCCUUUGCCUCGCUUUCCCUUCUUCUUGGAAUGUUUUCUCUCUCUUUUUCAUUUUGUGCACUGAAUUUUUGCUUUCUCUAUUUUUUCACACCUGCCCUCUGAAUUGUACCCAUGAGAUGAAAUGUGGAAAAACUCUUUUGCCAGCUCUUUUGAUUCCUUCGUAUUCUAACAUAAGUAGCAUGUUUCUCAGAAUCAUGAAUGAGCCUCAAGAAACUUGAUGUUUUGUCAUCCUAGCUGUGAACAAAAAAAUGAAAACUACCUGCCAGCCUACCCAAAGGCUCAACUAAAUAUUUAUUUAUUUUUAAAUAAUAUAUUAUGUUCAUAGCUUGAGAUGGUGAAUAUUUGACAUGGGCAUGCUUGGGAAUGUAAAUGACUUUCUUUGCACUCUUCUGCAAGGCCCUGAGUGAGAACUUUUAAUCUAACCAUUUCUAACAUUGACCCUCUUGCCUCAAUGGCUGCAUAACGGAGACAAUGAGGAAACAUCGAAAUAAUCCAGUGAAUUGACCGUCUCUAACUUUUUAAAACAUCUUUAUAGAGCCUAAAAUUAAAAAAUACACGAAAAUAAUUGAUGGUUACCCUGUGGAAGUGACUGAAAAAGAAGUGACUGAAGAAAGAAUCAUUCAAGGUAAAAAAAAAUGUGUCAAAAAUACACCCAGUUUUGAAAACAAAAGCUUUAUAACGAAAAUAAUAUGCAGAGUUUUAAAGGUUUCCUGAUGGAGUCCACUUCUGAUUCUGGGCCAUUUGAGAUGGUUACCAGAAGCAGAACAAACCUUUUCAUAGAAUGGCCAUAUAAUCUCAGUUCUUGAGAAAAGACCUUAGGAGGAGGAAGAAACAGCCCUCAAUCAAGGAAUUCCAUUCCCACCUUAAUGUUCAUUGCCAUCUUCCAUCAUUGCCAUCUCAUGUUCCUCUUAUUUGUUAUCUGUUUGCUGCAUAUUUGUUUGUUUGUUUGUUUGUUUCUUUGUUUGUAUAAAAAAAUUAUAUACCACUUGAUUGUAAUAAAACCUUAAAGUAGCUUAAUUUUUCUUAAAAAAAAUACAGUUUUUUUUUUUUAAAGAUAGUUGAAAACUGAUAUUGAAAAACAUUCAAAAACUAAUUAAAAACAACAAUAAACUAAAAACAGAUGCAAGCGCAUCCAACUUAGAUAUGUCAGGAGUGGCUUGCCUAAGCGAAAAUAUUUAAUGUAGGUAUUAAAGUAAAUAUUAAAGUAAAUAUUUAAAGAGUGUUCAGUGACAGUGCUUGGCUAAUAUCAACCUUCAAGGAGUUCCAAAGUGUAGGCAGUGCUUCACUAAAAGCUUGAUUUCAUACUAUUUGCAGAACAAGCGUUACAUGGCACCUCUAACAGUGCCAUUUCUGCAGAACGAAGAGGUCCAAUGAGCAUGUAUAGGGUAAUGCUAUCCUGCAAGUAAAUUGGCCCCAGGCUGUUAAGAACUUUAUAUAUGAAUACAGACCAGUGCUUUUUUUCCAGGAAAAAGUGCUGGUGCUCACCAACAAGCAGGGGGAGUGUCCAGCAUGUGGGGAGAAGACCUAAUGCCAAGUCUGGAUGGCAAGGGUGGGUUAGCUGCUUGAUGCUCCCUCGCCCAACUACCCAACUACCAGGGCGCUGCCGCCCCAGUGAAGAGGCCUCCCCUGCCCUGCUUUGGGAAGGAGGCAGGAGGACUCCAGGACUUUCAGAGCAUCGUGCCUCCUUCCCUAAGUUGGGCAAGCACUUCCCAGAUUGGGGGAAGGAGGUUCGAUGCUCUGACAGGAUCCGAGAGCCCCCCUGCCUCCUUCCCUCCCAAAAGGUCACUGCGCUGCGUACCAUUGCGUACCACCAGAAAGAUGGCACUGAUAGUAACACUUUGAACUUGGCAUGAUUAGUAAGUCCACAAAUCAGUGCAGUUCUCUGAGCAGAGGUGUAAUAUGCUGACAGGACCUUACUCCUGGCGGCAGCUGCCUCAUUCAGUGCCAGAUUUACGUAUAAUUGUAAUUGUAAUUUAUUAUUUGUACCCUCCCAUUAUAAGCUAAACUAGCUAUAGCUUAGGGCCCCUCUCUUGGGGCCCCCCCCAAAAAAAUUAAAGGGGAAAAAACUGGAUGUGCAUUUCCAAAAUAUAAGAUAAGUUCAACCAUUACUUUGAUAAAAUACAUAUUUUGUUAUGUGCAAAUGGCUUUAGAUACCUAUUAGGUCCACAAAUUACCAUAUGGCAUAUAUUCAACACAAAAAACAGCGACAAUUUGUUGUUUGCAAAGGACAGCUGGACAUAUAAAAGGCCCCAUUACCUUCAGUAGCUUAGGGCCUCAUCAAACCUAAAUCCGGCCCUGGCCUCAUCCAUCCUACCGUUGCAUCCAGGCAUCGGUUCAGGGCCUGCACAGCCUCUCCUGAUCCAAAUGUUAUUGAAAAACAGAGCUGAGUCUCUUCAGCAUAGUGACAGCACCUUGCCCCGAAUCUCCCUCAAACCACAUCACCAAAUUCAGGAAAGCUGUGUGAAAAAUCAGCCUCUGAGAAGAAUGUGGUUGUGUGUGUUGGUCGGAUAAUUGUAGCACUUCUUGCAGCAAAUUUCCCUGCACUUUCAAAAGCCACCCUGCUCUUUGUUGUAAGCUAUGUGUCUGUCAAACCGUCCACCAAACAUUCCACCCUCCUGUAAGUUACGCUGAAUGCACCUAAGCUUCUACUGAGACCUUAUUCCACGAUGACUUUUUUAUUACUCUCUGAGAUCAUUACUUUGAACAGGAAAAUAUGGUUACCUACAGCACAACAACGAAAAUUUGGGAGGGUUCCCCCCUACCACGUAUGCACCUAACUGGAUCUUUUUCACUUCAGGUCCUGAACUGCAAUACACUCGAAUCACUACAGGAGGUGGGGCAGAUACUGAGGAGACUCUUAAGAAAUUGCUGGAAGAAGGUUAGUAUUCUUUGUCAAAGGGGAAGUAUGGACUGUGAUCUGGCACGCUCAAGGGCUUAUUUUCUAAGGAUAAUAAUGCUGAUUUUAGCAGCUCCGUAACAUGAACAGCGAUUAUACAAGGCAGAGUCUGGAAAUGACUAGAUCUGAACAUUUGAUCAUGGGAAUGAUAUGCACAAAAUUAACAGGAUUUCAAAUGUCUAAAGAAAUGAAUUUUGUGAAUGUCUGAAAACUCAGAUACACAUCCAUUUAAUGUUGGCAGUCACCUAAACAAGAUUUUCAGCAUUCAUUUGCAAAUUUCUAAAGCAUUUAGAAAUUAGCAAAAUCCAUCUGGAAUUGGCAGUAUUCAAAAUUGACUUUCUAGUCUGCUAUCAGGUUUCAAUGGAAGGCAUAUCUUAGCUGUAAUCUGUCUUGCAUUCAAUAUGUAUUACAUUGAUAUUUUAAUUCUUGUUCAAGUGAAACAGCCAAUAUCCUGUAUAUUAUAGACCAGGAAGACACUGCAACCAUUUAUUUCUUUUAAUGAAAACAACCAGAUGUUUGGCAGGAGGCUUUUCACUGCAAUAGAUAAUUGUGUAAUUAUAAAGUAAGCUUGUUAAAUGUGCUGCAACUACCAAUUUCUCAAUGCUCCACAUCAUGCCAUAAACAUGUAUUCUGUCAGAGGUGACCAAGGUGACCAAAUUCAUUGAAGGUGACGGUCAUUUACUUGAAGAUGAAGAUAUCAAAAGACUCCUCAAGGGAGGUUAGUGAGUGUGACACAACUAACCUCAUCGUAAUGAGUGCCAAGAGCUGACAAACUGAUCUUUUAAACUUUUUAAAGACUGAUUCAAUUAAGCCAAAUUUAUGGAAGAAAAACCAAACCCAAUGCAUGAAAUGAUGAACUUUGAGCAAUCCGUUUACCUCCAUACAUGUUGGAGUACAAUAAAGCUUUAUUUGUGCGAAUCUGUCCAGUCUUUAAAAAGUUCCAAAUGAGCAAUGAAGAUUUAUUUGCAUUAUAAAUAUUCUGUGAUCACUUUUGAAUUUUAAGAUAUUCUUCCAAAAGUAAGUGCAACACGUGAGAAAAGUCCAAAUCUUUUUGCAUUGCUCAUUUAAAAAUGAAUAUUCAUUGCUCACUAUUUAACUGUCAAAGGCAUGUACAGCAUCCUUCUUUUGAAAUGACUUUUGGUUCUGUGCAUUAAAGCUUUGUAAUUAUCUUCAAGAGUACAGUGCACUCAUCUUCGUACUGAUGGGCAUAUUGAUGCAAACUCAUUUCAGUUAAUAAUAAAAAGGUGCAGAAUUCGCAGUCUGAACACCUAUUGCAAUAAUGUGAAGCACCAUCUUGACCUGCCGCCACUGGCCAACUUAAUGCUAGCCAACAAAGCAGUUCUCAGUGCAACUGUGGAAGUAGCAGGUACUAUUACCAGAUACGGCGUACAAAUGUCACGCAAAAUGGCUAUAUGGUUGGUUCAAAUGAGGAAUGACUGCAGUAGAAUUGGGCAGUGAUUCCUAGAAGUAGCAUCCUAAAAACAUGUGUACUACACUACAGAGGCAACCAAUUUGGUGCUGUGGCAAUCCCAUGUGUUUGAGAGAUACAACACCUUUCAAUGGAUGUUCAACUCACAGCAUGCUGUUUUGUGCCCAAUCCUGGGCGUGCCCAUUUGUAGGAUGAGGAUUUCACCACCAUAUGGUUGCCAGCCAGCCAAUAGCGUCUGAGCAUAAUGAACUGCCAUACAGUAUUAGUCGGGUGCACUGUAUUGCCAGAAAUGACAUUCUGAUCCUCUCUAUUCUCCUUAAUAAUCUACUGAUCGCCAAGAAAUAACCAGAAGAAACUGACGGGCAACUUUAAAAAAAUCGAAUGCUUAUGUUAUUAAUCUGUAUACCUCAAUUGAAUGGUUUUGCUUGUUGUGGGAUAUUUAAGAAGUGAAGGGAAAAAAGAAUUCAAGUAUCUGGACAAAGUUAACAGUAACCCUGACCGCUAAAUCCAAACUAUAUAUUUUUAUUCUUGCUCAAGUUAAAGUGAGACCACAUCAGCUUCUGCUAUGAUUACCUCACAGAAUUACAGUCCAACUGGAUCUACAUUGGAUUACAGUUUGAAAUCCUUACAUAAUGAAGUUAACCAGGAAAGCCUUUCUUGCAUAAAAAUUGCCUAAAGAACUCAGAAAACAUUUAGCAAAUGUCAUCUUAGAGCAGAAAAAUCCAGCUGUGAAAGUCCCAUUGAAUUCAGUGGGACUCACUCUCAGGGAAGUGGGCUAUAGCUUUAGUUUAAUAAAACUAUAAGAACAGGUGAUAACAUAUUUAUUUUCUCUAAGGGACCUAACUGUAGAGAAAAGAAAUACUGAAAAGCAUCCAUUUAUAUGGCAUUCCACAAACCAAAAGGUGACUCCAAUAGUGGUUUCACAAUUGUGCAUUUGAGAAGAGUAGCAACUGGAAGACUGGAAUCUCCCUUUUUUAAAAAAAAUAAUAAUUCUAAAGGAUAAGUAGCUGUAGGUUGCAGGAUGUAGAUCUAACAGCAGGCAGGCAUUUGAAGGCAGUAGCCUUCAAAUUGUAAUGUAAGAAUUGCCUAAUAAUCCAGUUUUCAAACUUAUGCUGUAUUUUUUUAAAAAAACAACAACAGUGCAAUCCAUUGUUUCUAAUCUCAAUUCUUUGCCAUUUCCCCCCCAAAUAUUCCAAAUGAUAAAUCAUGAGUACAAUUAGCUCAGUGAGAGAGUGCAUGUGAUAGAUGCUGAAGAUCUCAGACACAUUCCGCAGAAUCUCAAUUUAAAAUCAUCUCCAGUAACAGGGCUGAGAAAUGGUCCCUGCCUGGGACCUGGGAAGCUUCUGAUAGUCAGAAUAGGGUCCUGGGUCGGAUGGUCAAGUAGUGAGCCACAGACCACACGGAAGUAGCUAGAAUCUCUGCCAUAAAACCUGAAAUAUCAUAAAGUGAUCCACUGAAUUCUUUUUUCCCGUUCUUCUUGCAAUUGUGAAGUGGCUACUAGAAACAGAACCCUUGACUCGUUUAUUUGUCUUUGUCUUUAUUUUUAUUUUUCUUACUUUGCUUCAUUUAUUCCAGCCCUUCUUUUCCUUUGACUGCCAUGAGAGACCCGUAUAAUUUUUUGAGACUUGCCUAGACCCCCACCCACCCCACCCCCAUACACAGAUAUAAACAAACACAUGAUUUGCACGCUGCGAUCAUGAUGGCAAUGGCUCCACAGACAUUUUGGAGCUGUCUUCCCCCAGUUGAAACUGGAACAAAAAUUAUUCCAUUGCCUACGGUAACACAACAAGCCUUUUGCAAGUUGCGAACCGCACUGUUAAGAUUAUUGCAAUGUAAACUAACAACAGUGCAUGCUCGUUGCACAUUUGUUGAGGCAAUUCUUGGCUACCAGCCACAGAACAGAGGAUUUGUCACUUCUAAGAAAAUAUUUCGGAAUUUGCUCAUGUUGUACCCAUCCACAGCCUCUUCAGAUGUAACAUUUCAAAUAUGGACCACUUUCCUGUUUUUAAAAAACCUACCCACUCUUAACUGGCAAUUGUUUUUAAUGCCUGUUGUAGCUGGAUCUGAGUACACCAAAGUUACUAAAGUAAUUGAGGCAGAGCCACAGAUUAUCGAGACAGAAAUAAAGAAAAUUCAUCUGGAAGGUUAGUUAUGCAGUAAUAUGGAACCGCCCUCUUAUCCAAACAAUUGUUGUGAGUGAAUUACUUGCAUGGAAAUCAGGACCAGACCUAGAGAAUACAGAAUUGUUUAUUUCCACCCUAUACUUUCGAACGCAGUUGCUUACGUAGCCUAUUGGCAUGAAAUGACUUUGUUUUGUUCACCAGUUUAAAGUUGCAGUGUUCUGUAUAUUUACAACUUACUUGAAUAAUUUAUUAGUCAUUAACAAACAAACAAAAAUCUGUUUCAAUUAUUCUAACCUGCAUAAAGGGAUGUUAAGCAUUUCUCAUAGUUCCUUUCCUUUUAAUCUUCCAACAAGACUACAAUAUACCUGUCAUCUACUUUACUACGUAUAUUAAGUUGUGCUCGCUGAAUAUGUCAUGUCAAGGAUUUGUUCAAGACAUAUUGCAUGAUUAAACAGAAUACUAAUUGCUUUUUUUGAGGGGGGGGGGAACCAGGUCUUAUUUGAAACUUAUGCAGAAUGCCUGUUCAAAAUAUGCAGGUGUUUCAUAAGCCCAAGCCAACUAGAAACAUUGGAGCUGGUACCCAGAAGGGAUGUGGGGGGAAUAUGGGAAAUUUCACAGUACUGUAAUGUUAUUAAGAAAGAAAGAAAGAAAGAAAGAAAGAAAGAAAGAGCUCAGCAUUACAAGUGGGCAGUUGGUAUUUUUUGACAGCAUCACCACUGAUAAAUUUUUAUUUCUAAUAUCACCCUGUUAAAACUGUAGCAUUCUGCCCCUACAAUACUUGGAUGCUACAGUGUGAAACUGCAUUUACUCACGCUCCUGCCUGCAGUAACUUAAAAGCACUGGCUUCCACUUCAUUGUAUCUUGUUUUCUUCUUCCAAAUUAUGGUCUCUUCCAUUCGGAGUGAUUUACAGGUGUUUAACGUUGUUUGGCUCAUAGCUCCGUAUCUCAACUUUCUAGGACUGUGGAUAGAGAACCCAAAGUUCUGGUCAACUAGUGCCAUGUACUAUAGUGUGUGGUGUGUGUGUGUGUGUGUGUUUCUGAAGAAGCAGCCCCUCGUGCCAGGAGGCAGAGACCUAUUUUGUUUUCAAUUUUUUGAAAAUCGAAAAAUCCACCUGGACAUGUUGUAGUGCUUCACCAUGCUUAAAGUAGUUUUUCUGGAUCUCAGUAUGUAUCUAUAAUUGCACACACUAGCCUACAUCUCAUCGAGGUGGUAAGUCGAUGUUUGGGUGGUACUACAUUUGACUUAAAGGAGAGGCUCAAAAUCACUGAGUGUUCCUUGGCGGAGGGAGGGGAACCCUAUACCCAGAAAUGUCACUUAUCAUGGACAAAACUAGGCUAGAGCUCUUCUGCCUGACAUGCCUUUUUUUUCUGUGUGCAGAUGAUAACAUGUUUUGGAGAGUACUGUACUCUGAUCACUGAAUAAUAUCUGCCAUCAGAACAGCAAGUGAUCUAUAGAGCAUAUGAAAUAUAUUGUAUAGUAAAAAGCUUUUGUUAUUCAUCCAGUGUCUUAAACUGAAAAAGAAUUCGUCAGCUUUGAAUUUUUGACAUUUCGGAAGAUACCUACUGCGCUGUUUCAAACCUCUACAAUAAAUAAUGCAAGAUCGCAACACUGUUUUCUGUUUCUUCUUUUUAGAAGCACCUGUUAGAAAAGUACAAACAUCCAGAAGAACACAAGGUAUGAGGAGGAACAUAACACUGUCGUAUUUCUUUCUUAAUUAUUUAGGCAUUUAUAUUGUGUGCAAUAUAAAUUUUUGUCUUUGGGGUAGUUUGCGAUGGUUUGUUUUUGCUUUUGUUUUAUUGUGUAUUUUGCGUUCUCCUUUUGUAUAUUUUUGUUGUGAAACCCCUUGGGAUCUUCAGAUGAAGGGCUGUAUGCAAAUUUUUAAAAUAGCAGCAGCAGCAACAGCAACAACAACAACAUAUAGGAAGGGAGCAUUUUGUUGUUGUUGUCGUUUAGUCGUUUAGUCGUGUCCGACUCUUCAUGACCCCAUGGACCAGAGCACUCCAGGCACUCCUGUCUUCCACUGCCUCCCGCAGUUUGGUCAAACUCAUGUUGGUAGCUUCGAGAACACUGUCCAACCAUCUCGUCCUCUGUCGUCCCCUUCUCCUUGUGCCCUCCAUCUUUCCCAACAUCAGGGUCUUUUCCAGGGAGUCUUCUCUUCUCAUGAGGUGGCCAAAAUAUUGGAGUCUCAGCUUCAGGACCUGUCCUUCCAGUGAGCACUCAUGGCUGAUUCCUUCAGAAUGGAUAGGUUUGAUCUUCUUGCAGUCCAUGGGACUCUCAAGAGUCUCCUCCAGCACCAUAAUUCAAAAGCAUCAAUUCUUCGGCGAUCAGCCUUCUUUAUGGUCCAGCUCUCACUUCCAUACAUUACUACUGGGAAAACCAUAGCUUUAACUAUACGAACCUUUGUUGGCAAGGUGAUGUCUCUGCUUUUUAAGAUGUUGUCUAGGUUAGCCAUUGCUUUUCUCCCAAGAAGAAGGCGUCUUUUAAUUUUGUGGCUGCUGUCACCAUCUGCAGUGAUCAUGGAGCCCAAGAAAGUAAAAUCUCUCACUGCCUCCAUUUCUUCCCCUUCUAUUUGCCAGGAGGUGAUGGGACCAGUGGAAGGGGGCAUUAGUUUACCUUAAUAACAACUGUUCUCUUUUUUGGUCCACAGGCUCACCACGGAGAAGAACAAGGCUCGUCAGACCUGCAAAAAAGCAGACUGUACAGAAAGAGAACUGAAGCUCUGAAGAAAAGGAGAAAAAAAAAGUCAUAAGGGAAAACAUUAACCAAAUCACUUGUUCCCAUUAACAUCCUCUACCCCAUAAAAGCAUAUGGGAGUGCAUAUGGGAGGAAAGCACUUCCUAAAAGAUGCAUUAGCUGGUACGAUCCUAAAGAGCAGGGAUCAACUCAAAAUGUACCCCUUUUCUAUGAAUCCGAACUCUAUAAUUUAAAUGCAUUCCACCUGCAAGUAAAUAAGCUUUAAAGUGAGAAAAUCCAAGAGUGUAAGCUAUGUAAAUGUAUCACCUUUAGAUCAGCAAAACCAUGUGAUUUAUGUUAUUAAAUACUAUUAUGACACAGACGUUACCUUAGAAAUCAUAAUAAACUUUAAGCAAUGACAUAGGAUCUUCGUUUUCAUCACUACGUAGAACAUUUGCUAGCGAAGCUGAUAGAUUCUCUCUCCUGCACUCUCCAAAGAUGACUCUCUCAAAACGCGAGCGUUCAGGAAUGUUCUUGGAUCGAUUACUGUACUGGCUAUCUAGGUCCCAAAUUAAAAUAAACUUACAGUAAACACGUUAGCUUCCAUUCAGAGAUGCUUGAAUGAAGCAGCAGGCACUACAUACUUAAACACCAGUGCUACUGUUCACCUGUUCGAGGUGCAAAAGGUGGCGGACAUUGUAUGAAUUUAAACUCCCCAUAUUUUCAUCUGUGUACAUGUGGGGAUGUUGAAUGUGGGUUCUACCUUUUGUAUAUUCUUUUGUACUAUCAUUUUUUGUACAUAUAGGAACCAGCCCGAAACCAGAUUGCAAAAUCUGUUUAUGAGUCAGGCUAAUUUGAUUAGAAGCAAGAGAUGCUCUUUUGUUUUAAUAGUGUACUCACAUACUGAUGCCAAAGUAUAAAAUACAUGCACCUUCCUUUCGUUGAUAAGGGCAGACUGAAUUUGAAAAAAACCACUUAUUUUUUGUUCAAAUGUAUAGAAAUGGGGGGCAGAGCCUUUCCUGACUUUCAGAAUUCAAUGGAGCUUAUUCAUAAGCAAGUGGGGUUAGCAUUGCAGCCUCGUAUGUAUUUUACUGAAGGAAACAGUUGUUUAUAUGUACGUUCCCCAUAUCCCCAAUGAAACAACAUUCAUUUACAUUUUGUACUUUCUGUAGCUGAGUACAGAAUAUGAGGUGGCCCUUCAUUCCAGGGAUGUUAGCCGAAUUAGCUUUUAGGCAUGCUUAUAGUUGACACCACUUCCCUCUGGUUGAAACUAAACCUGAGAAGCAGUAAGAUUGACCUGUGGUAUGAUGAUUUGAUAGCUUUGAAUUCGGAAAAAGAUAUGCUAUCGACUUCAGUGGGACUAAAACAAUUUAUAUUUAAGAACUUUGGCUUGUCUGAUUUGUGAAUUUGACUCUCUUGCUGAAGUCCUCUGCUUUAUGGAAUGUGUAUUCCUGUGGAAAUAGUGAGCCCUGGUGAAUUCAACAGGUCUUAUUCAUGAGCCAUUGUACUAAGUAACCCACUUGAAUCUAACAAUCAAAAGAAAUAUAUCUCCACUAUAGCGUAUAAGUACAGGAGACAAUUGUAAGGUUUGUGAAAUAUUAGCCUUUAAAAAGCCUGCUCUGAAUUGUUGAAUUCUAAAACAAUCAAUGAAAUGCAUGCAACAAAUUAUUCUUGUUCAGGAAGAUAUAUAUCAACUGGUACUUGGUUCAGAAGCCUUUGCAUAAAGGAAGCCCUACCAAUUUCCAUUAUUGAUGUGGGCCUUGUUUGUAAAUUGUCGUUUUUAUAACUAGUUUAUUUGCUUCUUCUCCCAUACUUGUAUGUCAACUAUGCAAGAAUCUUUGUGAAGGGAGUAACAACAUUUCAUCAAGGUGCCUUAAUUCUGCAAAGUGUGGUUUAAAAGAAUUACAGCGUGUGCCUUUAUAUUUUUGUUUUGAAACACAUAUUCAUUAAAUAAAUUUGGCUGAAUUAUGGGGC